UUUUUUUGCUCAAAAUUUUGAGAGGACUGUGUCAACGAAUAUACUCAUUGUCGUAGCUUAUCCGUUGAACUUAGAAGAGUGUCUCUUGAAAUAUAAUUUGUGGUAUGUAAUUUACAAUUUUACAUUUCUUUAUUAAGAUGAAUUAACUUUUAUGUAUUAUGAUUUGCCAUUUAACACCUAUGUUGUGUUGCUAGAUGAUUAUAUAAUGACAUACGUAUAUGCUUAUGCUACCGCUCUUUUAAUGAAUGCCACUUCUUGAGAAUGCCUACCCGCUCAUUCUCAUAUUUUUUUAUCGAUUUAGUUUGAUAUAGAUAUUGCACUUAGUGGCACUACCACUAAACACAUUAGUGAGUAUUAUUCCAAAAAUAUUAAGUGGACACCAAACAUAACAAUUGUGUUUUAUCAUGUAAUAGAACGGAGUAUUACUUCUAGCAUGGAUGGACCUUUUAAUAAACCUUGAUGCAACGCAAUAGGAACUUGAAUAUAAACAGUUUUUUAUUCUAAAGUGACAUUUAAGUAGAGGAGCAAAAAUAUUAAAUAUACAGCCAAUAAGUCCUGAUGGAAAUCGUGAGUGAGAAUAUCUUCUCUGCAAAGUACAUACAAUAAUAAUAAUAGUAUUAAUUUAACAUAUAACAUGAUAAUGAUUAUUUUUAGCAUUUAUAAACAUUUAUAAAACACCAGCAUGCUCUGCAGAACUGUACAAUUGGAGGGGUGGGGGAGGAGGGGGAGAGUACAAUAUGCACAGACAAAUACAAUAGAUAGAGAGUGAGAUCUAACUAUUAAAGUUCUUUUAUACAAAACUUGUAGCUACAUAGCCUGGGAGGCUACAAUCUAAAGAUUAAAAUGGAGAGCUGAGAGAAGAGGUAGCAGGGGAACAUGGAGGUGAUCGCAAGAAGAAUUAAAGGAUAAUUGCAGCCACUUACAAAAUGCACUUAUGAUGAGAAUGGAGUUGCAGGUUUUCAGUACCUUCAGGUCAAUACAAUGUUAAACAAAAAUCUGUUAAACAAAGAGCUGAGAGAAGAGGUAGCAUUGGGAAUAUGGAGGUGAUCGCAAGAGAGAAUUAAAGGAUAAUUGCAGCCACUUACAACAUGCCAAGGGAAUCAGGAGGUAAUUGAGUGAGACCUCAAGCAGCAGGGGAUGUAUGCUAUAAAGUAAGAAGAAGUUCUUAGAAUUUUAUUUUUUCUGUUAAUGUUUUGAUAAGUGGGAGUAGGCUUCUGGCCUGGAAUGUAGAUAAGAUACCGUUAGAUUACAUUAUUUAUUGCUAAAUUGCUAGGAGGGGUCUUAAUGGAAAGAGAGGGGAUGGGUACAGCAGUCAUUUAUUGCAUCAGAUUGAAAAGAUUACCAACCAAAUUCAAUCACAUGCAAUAUUAAUAAGUAUAUGUGCAUGAAAUAUCUAUAAAAUAAGAUCACUGAAAAUAAAAUAGAAAACAGCAAUAACAGAAAAUCACAGCGGUAAGCUACAGGUACAGGUGUUGACAAUGUUAUAGUAAAAAUAAUAUUAUGGUGACAAAUGGUAGAUUAAAUUAACACGUCUGUCAGUACCUAAAUGUUUACUGGGUGAAAUAUAUAGUUACAUAGCUGAAAAGAGACUUGCGUCCAUCAAGUUCAGCUUUCCUCAGAUAUGUUUUUGCUGUUGAUCCAAAAGAAGGCAAAAAACCUAGUCUGAAGCGCUUCCAAUUCCAAAAAUUCCUUCUUGACCCCAAAAUGGCAGUCAGAUGUCUCCUUGGAUCAAGCAGCUAUUACCCCACUAAUUAGAAAUUAUAUCCCUGUAUGUUAUGUUUUUGCAAGCAUUUAUCCAAUUGCAGUUCAAACAUCUGUAUAGACUGACAAAACCACCUCUUCAGGCAGAGAAUUCCAUAUCCUUAAAAAAAACUUUUCUUUGCCUUAGAUGAACUCUCCUUUCUUCCAGCCUAAAUGUGUGACCUUGUGUCCUAUGUAUAGCCCUGUUUAUGAAUAGAUUUCCAGAUAAAGGUUUGUACUGAUCCCGAAUAUAUUUGUAUAAUGUUAUCAUAUCCCCUCUCAGGCGCAGUUUUUCCAAACUAAACAGAUUUUUUUUUUUUAACCUUUCUUCAUAACUAAAAUGCUCCAUUCCUUUUAUCAAUUUUAUUAGCUCGUCUCUGGAGUUUUUCUAGUGCCAUGAUAUCUUUCUUUAGAACAGGCACCCAAAAUUGCACAGCAUAUUGAAGGUGUGGUCUUACCAGCGAUUUACAAAGAGACAAAAUUAUAUUUUCAUCCCGAGAAUUUAUGCCCCUAUUUAUACAUGACAAAACCUUACUGGCCUUAGCAACUGCAGAUUGACAUUGCAUAUUGCUGCCUAAUAUAUGUUGUCUAUAACAAUUCCCAAAUCCUUGUGUGUGGUUAUCCCUAGUUCACUACCAUUAAGGGUGUAAAUUGCUUGUGCAUUCUUAACCCCGAAGUGCAUAACUUUGCAUUUCUCUCCGUUAAAUUUCAUCUGCCAUUUUAGUGCCCAGUCCCCCAAUCUAUCCAAAUCCCUCUGCAGCAAAGCAAUAUGCUGCCCACAUUUUAUUACUUUACAAAGUUUUGUGUCAUCUGCAAACACUGAUACAUGGCUUUCAAUGCCUAUUUCAAGAUCAUUUAUAAAUAUGUUAAACAGAAGUGGUCCCAAAACAGAACCCUGAGGGACUCCGCUUACCACUUUUGUCCAGCCUGAAAAUUUACCAUUAAUGACAACUCGUUGUACUCUAUCCUUAAGCCAAUGUUCUACCCAAGAACAAGAAUAUUCAUCUAGACCAAUUUCUUUUAGUUUGAAGACUAACCUAUUGUGAGGAACCAUAUCAAAUGCCUUGGCAAAAUCCACGUAGAUCACAUCCACUGCAACACCCUGAUCUAUACUUCUACUUACUUCUUCGUAGAAUGCAAUUAGGUUACUUUGACAUGACCUAUGUUUCAUAAAACCAUGCUGAUUAUAGCUAAUAACAAAGGUCUUCCCAAUGAAUUCCUGAAUAUUAUCCCUUAAUAGCCCUUCAAAUAUUUUCCCAGUUACAGAAGUUAAGCUCACAGGUCUAUAAUUUCCUGGCAAGGAUUUUGAACCCUUUUUAAAUAUAGGAACAACAUCUGCAUUCCUCCAAUCCUCCGGUACAAUACUUGAAACAAAAGAAUCUUGAAAAAUUAAAUACAGAGGUUCACUUAUUUCCCCACUUAGUUCCUUAAGUACUCGUGGAUGAAUACCGUCAGCCCACAGAGCUUUAUUUACAUUAAUUUUCUUUAAUAGCUGUAGCACCUUGUCUCGAGUUUUCCAAUCACAAGUUAUCUGCAAGUUUUUUGCAGCAAUCAAUUGCAUAUCUCUUGCCAUAGGAUCAUCAUUAAUAUAUACUGAAGAAAAAUGGUUAUUUAAAAUUUCUGCUUUUUCCUGGUCUUCAUUAGCUAAUAAACCCAACUCUGUUUCCAGUGUACCUACACUUUCAUUUUUUGUUUUUUUAGAAUUGAUGUACUUGAAAACAAUUUGGGGGUUGGUUUUGCAUUCUUUGGCUAUCAUUGUCUCAUUUUCUAGUUUAGCCACUUUAAUUGCCUUUUUGCAAGUGUUAUUGGCUUCCUUAUAUCUUAUAUAGGAUGCCUCUGAUUUGUCCGAUUUAAAUGCUUUAAAUGCCCUUUUCUUAUUUUUAAUCUCUUAUUUUACUUCUCUACUAAGCCACAUUGGUUUUAAUUUGUUUCUUUUAUAUUUAUUACCCAAUGGUACAUGCUGAGAAAUGUACCUUUCUAAUAUUUGUUUGAAUAGUUUCCAUUUAUCCUCAGUGUUUUUAUCACUAAGGAGUUUAUGCCAGUCGAUAUGUUGUAGAGCUGCCCUAAUCUUAUUGAAAUUGGCUUUUUUUAAAUUAUACGUUUUAGUAUACCCCACUUGCUUUUGCUUUUUUGAGUUUAUUUAAAAAAUUACCAUAUUGUGAUCACUAUUUCCCAAAUGCUCCCCUACUUGAAUGUUCGUCAGAAGAUCAACAUUGUUUGUUAUAACGAGAUCCAGACAAGCAUCCUUUCUAGUUGGUGCUUUUACCAGUUGUGACAUAAAGGUGUCAUUUAACAUAUUCAAAAACCUGAUUCCCCUUGCUGAAGUACUAGUCCCUCUAUCCCAAUUUAUGUCCAGGUAAUUAAAAUCUCCAAUAAUUAACGUGUUACCUCGAUUUGCAGCUUUCCCAAUUUGCUCUAACAGCUGUUCUUCCUCAUUAAUAUGUACAUUAGGUGGUUUAUAAUAAUAUCCCAACCAAUAAUUGAUUUCCCUUUGUUUGCCCCAAGCAGAUAUCUACCCAUAAAGCCUCCACAUUUUCCUCAUCACACUCCACAUGCCUAAGAUUUGACUUUAACUCAUGGCUGACAUAUAAACAUAUCCCACCACCCUUCUUGUUUUUCCUAUCCUUCCUAAAUAACGUGUAACCAUAUAAAUUAACUGCCCAGUCAUGUGUCUCAUCCCACCAUGUUUCUGUUAUGCCUAUUAUAUCAUAUUGUUUAGUGUAUGCUAUUUCCUCUAGUUCCCCCAUUUUUUUUAAAUAAGCUCCUUGCAUUAGUAAGCAUACAUUUGAUAUUAUCAUGAGUCUUUGAGAAGAGCUUUCCUUUUUUCUAUUGAUGAUUUGGUGGAUGAGAGCAGGGCUCUGGAUGUUUUCUGGGUUAGAUGAAAAUUACCUUUUUUUCCCCCCUUUUGAUAGAUGCAUACAUAUAUUAAUUAUAAAAAAUUAACUUAUUUUUUUAUUUUUUUAAUAAAUCUAUAAAGUAAUGCAUUGUGAAUGCUAUUUUUCCUCCAACACAGUUACAGCUGAAUACAAAUCUGAAAUCUUAUUACAGGAACACCGCAAGCAUCAUACCUUCUACAGCUCACUGUAGUAGUUAUGGUGCGAGGAGUACCUUGCUUCCCCUUGUAAUUUAUUACCUGUGGUCUGCCGGACACUGUCCAUGCCUAAGCAGGAGCUUCCACUAGCCCUAAAGGACUUAGCUCAGUGGUUGAGAGACAUUUUUAAUAAAGCCCUGCUCAUUAAUUAAAAUUCUUUUAAAGUUACAUAAAAUAUUUUUUCUGCAUUAUAUAGUUUUUGAUAUUUUAAUAUUUAGAAAAAAAUUAUUUUAAAUGCAUCUUUAACAAUAAUAAAUGGAGUCUGUAAGCUUUGAUUUAAUGUUUUUAGAUAAGGUUACUAAAUGAUUCCAACCUGUUAGAAAAACUUUGCAUAUUAUAUAACUACAAAAAGUCUUAUAUGUUUUCAUGGGGACUUCCUUAGAUAAAUAUUUUGAAAUGUUUUUUUUCAACAUAUUGGAAUCAUUUGAAAAUCUAACCCCAAAAUUAUUAAAUGCAGGUCUUAGUUGGCAAAAUGAGAAGAAUGAUCAAACGCAAAACAAAAAAAUAGAAUAAGAGAACCAAAACAGAUCUUUGGAAAAGCAAGGAAAUUCACACCUAUCAUUUACCUGUAAUUUAGGCCAGACAUAUGGACAGAGAAGUGUGAGAGACUGUAAAUAUGUCAAGGUUGAAAAAGAUGCUAACAGAAAAGUUCUUAAUAAUAAAAUUUCCAAGGGAGAAAUAGACUUGCAACAAAAGCAUAUAUUAAAAAAUUAGAGAUAUAAGAAAAAAAGUGCAAGGAAUAUGAAAACCGUGAAUAAAGCCCUGACCAAAUAAUAUUUUAUGAUGGUAGAAGAGACGUUUAUGGUGGCUGGUGAGAAGUGGCCUGAGGCUUUGAAAGUGCAAGGAAUAUGGAAACCGUGAAUAAAGCCCUGACAAAAUAAUAUUUUAUGAUGGUAGAAGAGACGUUUAUGGUGGCUGGUGAGAAGUGGCCUGAGGCUUUGAAAGUGCAAGGAAUAUGGAAACCGUGAAUAAAGCCUUGACAAAAUAAUAUUUUAUGAUGGUAGAAGAGACGUUUAUGGUGGCUGGUGAGAAGUGGCCUGAGGCUUUGAAAGUGCAAGGAAUAUGGAAACCGUGAAUAAAGCCUUGACAAAAUAAUAUUUUAUGAUGGUAGAAGAGACGUUUAUGGUGGCUGGUGAGAAGUGGCCUGAGGCUUUGAAAGUUCAGACACUCGAUGUGUUGAAAGGACAGAAGAACCUGUUUCCAGUGGCUGCCAUUUUGGAAAUUCCAAGAUGGCUACACAGAGGAAAAAGACAGCACAGUGGAAGAAAACAUAAGUAGCACUGGUCCUGGGGGCAACUAAAUCGUCAGCGGAGAUGAGGGUGGGACAGGUGGAAGAUUUAGUGACAGAUCCACUUUAACAGGCCGACACUUAACGUAGGCAAGCUAGAUGUCCAGAGUUUGGCUUGGAAUAUAUACAAAAGCUUAUAAAAUGUCAAAACUUUGUUAAUACUCCUUUGAUUAAUAGGGUUUCACCACAACCUGCAUUUUACGAAGGCAUAGAGUGCUUUUGGGUUAAUAUAUUUGCUGCUUAGAAUAAUGUUAAGAUCUGCCUACCAUAGAUUGUAAACUUGUGUGAGCAGGAUCUUCCUCACCCCUUUCUCUGAUUGUAAAGUGAUGCAGAACAAGUUGGUAGUAGUUAUAUAACUACUAAUAAUAUUAGGCUGAACAUGUAAUCCUAAAAGUGAUGUGGGACCUCUUUUCAGCUACAGAUUUGGAAACCUUUAUUUCAACUUAUAUUGACUAUAGGGACAUCCUUGCAUAGAGUUCUCUCCUGUAGAGGUGAAUAAACUUGAGCUACUUCAUAUCCUUGCUACUUGCACGCUCAAUAAAGUAAUCUUGAUCACAUUACGCUAUUGCUCAGGGAUAAGGAUUUGGAACAAUGUUUCUGCUACUUCUAUCAGCACUUAUGAUAGAUCCAUACCAUUCCAUGAACCUAGAUUUCUCCAACUGUGUGGCCUGGCUUUUUUUUUUUUAUUUGAAAAUCUCAACCCAUAGGGCAAUUUUUACUUUUUACUGGGCAAGAUGCAAUCCUUUUUUGGCCUUUAGCAAAACUGUACUCUGCUUUUUCCCUAUUGCUUUUUUUUUUUUUUUUUAACUGUUUAGACAUAGUUCUGAUCAUAUGUUUCCUUUUGUAAACCUUUCUGUCAGCCAGUUUACACAUAUAAAAUCUAAAUAUAUAACAUGAUGAUAUAUUGCUCCAUGAACAUUUAAUAGCGGUUGAAUAUAAGUGAUCUUGUCUGGCAUGUUGUAGAAUGUUAAACUCUUUUUUUCUAGAGGAAGAGAUAGGCCUCUACUUGCCUUCAGACACCAAAAUAUGCCACAGUGGACCCUAGGUGUAUUGAAUUAUAUUUCAUUAUUCUUUGCACAAUGUAGCUGUUAGGUCUUUACAGCAAAGUUCUUGAAGGUUAUGAAACACCUUCAUAAUAUUACCCUUAGUAGCCAACACUUUAGGGUCUGAAGGAACAAAGCAAUUUAGUCUAAAGUCCCUCUUACAGACUCCCCCAAAACACCAAAGUUUCACUACAAUGAAGUCUCAGCAACAUGCAUUGUGGCUUUGAAACAACACAACAAAAAGUAGCUCAAGACCUUGGACUUUUUCUUUUAUUUGGGUCUUAUGGUAUAUUAAAAAGAAAAUGUAAGGAAAAGACGUUAGAGAUGUAAAAAUGCAGUCACCUGAAAGAACUACAGGACUACAUGCAGGAUUUGAGAUCUAUCAUUCCAUGUACUACACAGAAUUCACCAAAAUAGAAUAAAAGUUUAUGGCAGUUUUACUAACCUCCACUUUAAACUUUUUAUUAUUGAGAUUUUAAAGGUACACUAUAGCAUAUUCUAGCAAUUUCUCCCACAACGUCAUCUGGCUCUCUUCCUGUUGUCCAUUUACAUUAUCUUUAUUGAGGAGCAUUGGAGACUGAUGUACAUGUGCGGGGAUUGCUGAACACACAUCCACAUUCAUAGAUAUACACAAUACCACAAACUACUCAUGAACAUAUACACUAUAAUAGCCCACAUAAGCACGCCACAAAUACAAUACUACAAAGCAAUUAGACCACCCAUAAAUAACACAAGCAGAAUACGCCAACAUAGGCAUCUCGUUUCUAAAAAAUAGGACUGGUACACCAAGGGACUUCAAUAUUUUGUUUUGGCACAGUACUAUUAAAAGGUUGCCUAACCCUGGUCUAAGAAGUACUUGAUUUUUAUGAGAAUUACUAUAGGGUCUCCCUACAAUUUUAAAUAAGUAAUUUCAUUAAUUAUUAUCGAUUGAUCUCAGCAACAGCAUGCGGGUCUUGGACCAAAAGAACUGCAUUGCUCCCCAUCAUCUUCUGUUUUUUCCGGCCGGUACAGAGUGGAUGGAAGCUGCAUCUGGAUGUUUGGAGUGACAGUGUUACCUAAAAGGAGCUCUCGUACUACUACAUUGUUAGUGUUUUUAAUUCAUCUUCAUAAAGUAUUUGUUUAAUACAGAUUACACUAUGUUCUGUCUGUUUUUGCUGUAGGUUUAUCAGAAGCUGAAUUCACCAUUCUGAAUAUUUCUAUAUUUCACUACCUCCUAAAUGCUUAAGAGUGUUUUUUCUACUGAUAAGACUGCAUGUACCGGUAUCUAUAUGCUUAAACAAAGUACUAGUUUAUUUUAGCAACAAGUAUUAUAUUUUGACCACAUGUGCAUCUGUCUUGUGCCAUUUGACACUCUUUUGCUACAUUGUUAAAAUCUGUCAAAACCUGUUGAAUAUUUUUUUCCUUUAUUUGUGUGUGAAGGGUGCAGUGUGUUUAAAGGGACACUAUAGUCACCAGAACAGCUACAGCGUAUUGAAUUUAUUCUGGUGAGUAGAAUCAUUACCAUUUUUCGGAGAAAAUGCAGUGUUUACAUUACAGCCUAGUGAUAACUUCACUGAUCACUCCUCAGAUGGCUGUUAGAGAUCCUUCCUGAGUCAUGGCUGCCUAAAAUGCAUCCAAACAUUUAGUAUCUCCCCCCCUCUUAAUGCAGACAAUGAACUUUCCUCAUAGAGAUUCAUUGAUUCAAUUCAUCUAUGUGAGGAGAUGCUGAUUGGCCAGGGCUGUGUUUGAAUUGUGCUGGCUCUGCCCCUGAUCUGCCUCCUUGUCAGUCUCAGCCAAUCCUAUUGUGAUUGGAUCAGGCCACCACUUCUGAUGAUGUCAGAGGUCAGAAAAAGUUCACAGGCAGAGGGAGCAGCUUCAGACUUGAAUACAAGUAAGAUUUUACUAUCUUUAGGGAGCCAAGGGGGGCUAGAUAGUGGUUUUAACACUAUAGGGUGAGGAAUACAUGUUUGUUUUCCUGACCUUAUAGUGCUCCUUUAAGGGUUGCAUGGUGUGACUGUGUUAGAUGAUAUUUAGCCUAUAUAUUGGGGGGUGGAGGGGAAAUUGGAAAAAGAAAAUAUGCAUUUCAUUUCAUUCUUUAAAAAAAAAAACUUUAUGUCCCUUCUUCUUACCUUUUGCCACUGAGGGGGACAAUGCAAGCCCUGGUGGUCCAGUGGUUUAGAGUAACUCUAUCCUGCAGCUCCUCUUCUCAAAAGCUCCUUGGAGCAUUGCCGUGAUAACCCGCAGGAACGCUCUGAAUUGCCUAGAUCGUGGGAGGAACGUUCAGCCCCCCAAUCCCCCUCUCCCCUCACUCUCCUGCAGUGAAAUGCCUGUGGGCCAAUGAGGUAGAUAUUUAAUCUCCCCACAGGCCAUGAAGGCACAAAGAAAAGCCAGCUAUGCAUGGGCCAGCAGAGGAGAUCCUCUGAACUCCCCUGUUGGCCUCGGCGACACACCGAGUCUGAUGAAAACUCACUUCAAGCAACCUUCCCCAAACCUCACUAACCCAUCUCUCCAACUAUGCCUUCAUUGUAAACUCUUCUAGCAACCUACUUUGACACCUCUUGUGUCAUUUUACCCCACUCCCCUUAGAAUGUAAGCCUGUUUGAGCAGGGCCAUCAGCACUUUCUGUUCCUGUACAUUUAACAUAUCUUCUUGCAGCUACUUGUUUGUUAGUCCACCUAAUUGUACAAUGAUGCAUUAUUUGUUGAAGCGUUAUAGGUAAAAAACAAACAAUAUUUUUGGGGUACUUAUGCAAUGUGUCAUCAUGGUGAGUGUAAACCAGAGAUGGAGCUUCACUCAGGCUCUUGUAACUUAGCUGUCACUCACUGGACCUCAAGAGUCACACACUGUGUGAUAAUAUACCCAUGGCAGCCACCAUCUGGCAUUUGUACCAUGGACAGUCUGUGCUCCAUCGCAGUUCUGUUACACUAUUGAAAAUGAAUGCCAAGAGCCAAGCCAUACUCUGGUCCAACACCUCCCUUAUUCCUCCACCUGGCUGUAUUGCCCAACCACAGAUACCAUGAGCCACUAGGCAAUUUCCCAAUUUUCUGGUAGGCUAUUCCAGGCCUGGAUGGAUCGGUCGACAGACAGACAGAGAGGCUCAAACUCAACAAUUAAUAUAGCUUACAAGCUUGUGGUGCACUCAGGCAUUGUUUUUGCUAAGGAAACCAUACCAAUCCAGAAAUCUGGUCACAGCUUUAAGUGCGGUCAUUUUGUUAUCUUGUAGAAACAAGUUCCUCUUUCGAAACAUGAGCCCGAGAAUGCAAUGUGAGAGAAUUUCAACAUACUAAGUUAUAAAGAAGAAAAAAAGGAUUUCUCACCCACCCCGAAAAUGUUUGUGAAGUAGGGUAACUGAAACUUUAGCUAAAAAUGAAAUCCUGCAUGCAUAAGCAAUACAUUGACAAUGCAGACAUACUGUACUGAAACUUAGGUACAAUACAGCGAUUCCUACACAGUACAUAGAACUGAGUACAAUACUGAGAUCCCAGACAAUGCAAAGAACCCAGCACAAUAAGUAGAUUACAACACAAUACAUGGAACUGAGCAUAAUACAGAUAUACUCAUACAACACAGAAAACGGAGCAUAAUACUAAUACAAUAACUAUAUCUUGGCACAACACAAGGAUAGGAGCUGGGUAGGCUACAGAGAUACCCAUACAACAGGCAGAGCUAAGUAAAGUGGAGAGAUACACCACACAGAGCUGGCACAAUAAGGAGAUACCCAUAACUAUCCCAGACAGCCAGGGCCACUGUGGUGGAUUUCAAUCCAGAGAUACCCACAAUGGACAAUGCAUCUAACUCACUAUUAGCACACAGUGCACACAGAGUUAAUGCAGCAAGAUACUGAUAGACUCCUUAUUACUGUCGCGGCUAGAGUCAGUAAGUAGCUGACAUGGUUAAAGUGGCACUGUCACAGUCUGGGAACUCUGCAGAAUUUGCAUACCUGAACCUGUGCCUCUCUCUCGGGCACUGCCAUCUUCUCCCGGCAGGACCUCUUCAGCUGUCAGGACCUGACAUUCUCUGCAGUACUCGUGCAUGCGCAAAAAUGCAGUAUUUAUGGUGGAUCCUGCAGCACCAUGAUAUCUCCCAAAAUAAAGCUGAUUCCCUGCAGCCGUCACCAGUCCGCCCAGUGUCUAGAAGAGUCAGGGGUAAGAAAUAUACUGAGACGAAGUAGUCCCUUCUCUGUCUCCGUAUAUCUCUUGACUGGGUUAAAAUGUCAUUGCAUAAUAAGACCCAAUGCAGACACUGAGCCUAUAGGGGGAGAGAAAAAGAUAGUAUUAUAAACUUACAUCUGACAGGAACCAGGAGCAGCUGCCGCUGUGCUUUUCCUGUUUAAUUUCCAAGAUGGCUUCUUGCUUUUCUCUCCUGUGGGCACUGUAACCCCAACCACUGGUUCUAUGAGACAGUAAUGGCCACGAAGAGAUACUCCAAAUGCACGCCUCCAUUCAUAAACAGCUGGCUCUGCUGACCAAAUAGCAGCUCCAUGGGCCCUGAAAUUGCUUCUUAAAGGAGACUAGGCAUGGCAAAACCUGCAAAAGCAAAACCCAUCACAGAAUAAAAGAGACACAAAUUUGUUUCCUUGUUUUCUGGUUUGUUUUUUUUACACAUACUGCUGGUGUAAAAUAACCUACCUUUCCACAUUACUUUUUUGGCAUACCAGGAAUCUUACUGUUUCUAAACUAUUGUAAUAUGUUUCUCUCCACAUAAAAACGAUGUGGCACUGUCCAACGGGCCCCUAUGGACGAGCCCCCAUUGGUUGUAGUAGUAUGAAAUGAGUCAAGUUGUUAGCCAUGAUACGUUUGUAGGAGUGGAUUGAUGUGUUGAAGAGGUGUGUACAAUAAAAUUGCUAUUUCCUAUCAUAGCGUAGUUAUAACUAAAGCACAAUUAUUUAUUACAUUGGAAAUGGGCUCUGUUACAUUUUAGGCCUCAGUUAGCUUAUGAUAUGGCACAUAUUGUCUCUUCACUGGUCAUAAGGCAUGGUUACUUACAUAAAAACUUAUAGUGGAUCCCAUUACAGUAGCAAAAUAUUAAGGUAUCGUAAGUCAAACUCACAAGCAAUGACCUACAGUGAUAUUCACAGGUUCAUGACCUAAUCAAUAUAGAAACGUUAAAAUCACCAAUAUCACUUGCCUGUGCGAGAGCUGGGGACAGGGCUAAGGUAUAGAGGUUGUUGGUUUUUUUUGGUAUAGUGACAGAGACAGAGGUGUUGAGUUCUGUUACUUACUUUUUCACUCUUCACUUUAAGUUUUCCUUAACACACUGAUUGUUUGUAAGUGUGAUUGGCUGUUUUGGAAGUGUUGGUGAGUAUGUGAGAGUAUGACAGUAGUUGAGAGUAUUGGGGAUGUGAUAUGGGCUCCCUCGGCGCUGGGGAAAUCUCCCUCUUACAACGUCAGCGCUGAAUGCGCAUGCGCAUCAAGAGCCGUGCGUGCAUCCAAUCAGUCCAUAGGAAAGCAUUUCUCAAUUCUUUGAUAUGGACGUCCAGCGUCUUCUCACUGUGAUUUUCACAGUGGGAAGUGCAGAAGUGCCUCUAGCGGCUGUCAGUGAGACAGCCACUAGAGGCUGUAUUACCCCUCAGUGAAGCAUAGCAGUUUCAGAAAAACUGCUAUGUUUUCAAUUGCAGGGUUAAAACUAGAGGGAUCUGGCACCCAGACCACUUCAUUGAGCUGAAGUGGUCUGGGUGCCUAUAGUGGUCCUUUAAUCAUGAUUUGAAUAGGACUUAUAUGGCUUCAAAUCAAUACCAGCAUUAACAGGUUACAUCCACAUGCAAGAUUUGACCAUGCACAUUCAUUUUCACAGUAUAGGCAAAUGCCUUCCAACUCCUGGAACCAUAACCACUAUGGUGCAAUGUAGUUGUUAUGGUGUUUAGAGUGUUACUUAAGUGUUCUAAUUAAAUUAAUAAAGUAUUUUCUACAUUUGUAUUAAAUGCUGGCUCAUGCUUAUUUGUGACAAUAGACCCUAAUUUCUGUAGUUCUGAGAAUUCAGAUUCCAGAGAAAAUCAGUUUCCCCAUUAUAACAUUUUACUCCUUUCUGUUACACCUAUUCCUAAAUUGAAAAUUCUCCUGUGAAAUUAGUGUUAGGCUGUAUUAUACUGUACAAGUAUUCCACGCACUGCUCACAACUACAUUUCUUCUUGAUGGCUUGUCACAUGUACUGAUGAAGCAAUCCUGCCUUAACCAUAAACUAUCCGCUACCCUUUUUAAAAAAAAAUUUUUUUACUUAACUGUGCAAUUGUUUCAUAGUUUUAAGCAAACUAAAUCUACGUUGCAAACUCCUAGUCAUUCUCAAAUUGUUAAAUGUGUUUUUUUUUUUCUCGUUGAUCUCAAUUUAUUCUUGUACUUAGUGGAUAAGGAAAAGAGCAAGCAUCUAACGCGUAAAUUACACUGGACACAUACAAGUGGGUGGAGUACUUUGUGAUCCACAUUUGACUGUCAUCAAAUGUACAGCUUCCUCCUAUAACACUUCUAACAUGCAAUUAUUUUUGUUAGUUCUUCUUUGUAGGUCACAGAGCAUGAACAUCCAAGAUGUCUAUGCAGAAAUCAUGUACAGGUCAGUUUAUUUCACUUUUAGUUAGAGCAUGUCCCAUUAGUUUUCUAGUUGUGAAAAUGAAGUAGAUUAACUGAAUCUUUAACUCAUUUACUACCAAUUUAGGGAUAUGCAAAAAAAAACAAGUAGCCAGAAUAUAUUUCGUUUUUUUGGGGUGGCAGGUUCUGGAAAGUAAUGUGUACAUUUGCUGUUGUUUUUUUGUGUGUCAGUAUAUAUAGCAUAGUUUUGUUUUAAUCAAAAACGAGUUCACAGAGUUAAUCUAUUAGGUUAGUGAGCAGAAAACUAUAUUUAAAAUAAAUAAUAAAAGGAUUGGUGUUAUGAAAUACUUUGAAAUUUUUAGUAAGCACCUCAAGUUAGCUUCAGUCGCCUGCAUAGGACAUAUUGCCCAUUCAUAUCCCAUAAUCCCUCACGCAUUCUAUAUGCUUUAAAGUGAAACUGCUUAUUAUUAUUCUUUUUGCAUAUUCGUAUAUGUAAAAAUAUGCAUUUUUGAGGAAUGAAAAAUAAAAUGAAAUUAUAUAAAUCCACACCUCUGUAUCCUGUAGCUGGGUCCAUCCAUAUUAUCUACAAUAAAAACCAAAUAAAAAGUUCCUUGUGCUCUAUCCCAAAUCCCUAUACACAUUUAAAUAACUGGAAGUUUUUUGGUAUCACUCCAAUGGCCAUCUAAAUGUAAACUCACCUGCCACACCAAGGCAGAAUUUCUAAUGUGACAUGGAGGUAUAUUUUUCUAAAAUCCCUGCAUACUUAUUAAUCCUUAAUAGGGAACACUUAGGGUGGGAGGCAGCAUUGUAACAUGUCUACGUAAUAUCACAGCAAAUUCAAACAUACAAAGUGCAGGGUUUAAUUUUGUAUGCCUCUAUCUGUCAAUCACUGUUAUAGGGUCUGUCUUUUGUACUUGUCAGUCAGCAUAGAGAACGUAUAAAGAAGAGAAGAAAUGAAACAUUGUCUCUUUUUCUCCUCUUAAAUUUUCGAUGUUUGCCACGCUUUGCCCUGGCUGGACUGCUUUAUGAUGCAAUUUGCUAGAACUUUAAAAUAAAAAAACGUUAGCACAUGUUAUAGGUGAUUUUCAGUUUUGUAUUCAAUUAUAUAUAUAUAUUCAAAUAUGUAAAUUCCAGAACAGUGAAAGUUCCCUUUAUUUUCCAGAACAUUUAUGCCCUCAUACUGAAACGUUCCUACAUCGAUUGUCUCAAGUCACAGACUCUUAUUAUUGGCCUAUAUGCCUGACAUGUCAAAUUGCGUGUACAUCUCAUAUAAUAUCUGAAGGGAAAAUAAGGCACCAUUGGUGCUCUUGCUGGGUUUGAAGUCCUGGUGGAAAUAAAUCAUCAAUUGUGAUUACUGUGAUAUAGAAAUUACUUUUUUUGCAUUCUGCUUGUUUUUUUUUUUAGAUAUAUAAAAAUGGCCUAGAGCAGAGUAACCUUUUAGUAGUACUGUGCCAAAACAAGAUCUUAGCGUCCCUUGUCUUUCUGGUUCUAUUUUUUUAAAUGGAGGUGUGUAUGUUGUUGUGUUCUACUUGUGUUAUUUAUCGGUGCUGCAGUUGCUUUGUAACGUUGUAUUUGUGCGUAUGUGGGUUGUUAUAUUGUAUAUCUUCCCCAAGAGAAGUUUGUGAUUAUGUAUGAUACCUAUGAAUGGGCUUUGCAUGGGGGCUGCUUGUGGAAUUGCAUGUGGAUGGUAUGUCACAUAAUGUGUUUGGUGGUGUGUGUAUGUGUGGUGCUGCUUUUGGUAUUGCAUGUGAGGCUGCUUGUGUGGUUGUGUGUAUGUGGAUUGUCAGUGGUGUUGUGUUUGUGGGGACUGUGUGUGUGUUUGUGUGGGUUGUUUGUAUUAUUUGUAUGGGGAGAAGUUUCUUCUGCAGCUCUGUUUCUAUCUAGCAGUGUGAGUGGUUUUCCUGGGGUCUAGUGGGGGUCAGAUGCCUCUUAGAUGCAGGUCAUGAUCAGGAUCUAUGAUAACUGCUGUGGACUGCUCUACUCCAAUGCAUAUUCCCUUUCACAAUUGUUGGGAGGAAGUGAUCUGAGAUCACUUCCUCUAUGUGUCAGCCCCUGUAUACUUACCCCGGCGGUCCGCUGAAAUGUCGACGCUCCGAUCCGGCCGUUAUUUGUUUAUCAUUAUUGUGUAUCUCUGGCUCCCCUGACUUGGCUUUUAUCUCUCAUAUUAGUGUAUUUCUGACUUCCCUUGACCUUGGCUCUUUCUGACUAUCCUUGAAUUAUUAAGUGUUCUUGCAUAGCAAGACAACUUAAUGUUAUCUCACAUAUAUAGUAUUCUUAUUAUUCUUAUUAUAGCCAAAUUUACCACCCUAACUCCUCCCACAGUUUUUACACUACAUAGACCGUAAUAUACCGAAACGUGCGGAUUGUUCCCGAUUGGUGUGCUAUUACUUUGUGGAACGUUUCGCCAAAUGGUUCACGGAAUAUCGUCGUUCUUGUGGCGAAAUUGGUCCCAUAGGAAUGAAUGGCAAAAUGUUAAAAACUAGAGUGGCAGCUGGCAAAAGCUGAAAAAUCAGGACAUCAUCAGUUACUCCGCCCACUCCAGUUGUAGACUAUUGGUGGAGGCAAGAACACUUCACACAAGUUCCCCAGAAAUUGUAGCUUUUCUUGUUAUUAUUAUUCUUUAUCCGGCCGUUCUAAGGACCAAUUUAGGGACUUUCUAUCUGUGUGGGAUUUCACUCUGCGUGUUGGGUUGUACGUUAUACUAUGUGCUGCAAAGCGUAAAUUGAGGAUUAUCCCUAACCACCGGCAAUCACCGCUCAGUUUCCACUGGGACUCUUGAUAGGCCAGAGCCUGUUUGGCUCUGGUUGUCAUGAGUGCCGUGCAAAGGUGACUCGAGUGCCAUGCAUUGCAUAUGUGCCAUAGGUUGCUGACAACUGGUCUAAGGUGUAGACCAGGGCUCGAGUCCUGCAGGAACGCAUGGGAACGGCGUUCCCGCACUUUUUCCAAAGCAGGAACGCCGUUCCCGUUACCUGUCCUGCAGGACCGGCCCUGCUACCUGCACAGAGGGGCCAGCACACGCUGUGUUCCCUCUCCAGCUAUAACUCUCGCGAGACCCGCGGCUGUUACCAUGGCAACGCUCCGCACAGGCGAGUCUCGCGAGAGUUAGAGCUGGAGAGGGAACACAGCAUGUGAUGGCCCCUGUGUGCAGCGGCUGGCUCCCUCCACCGGACCACCAGGCGAUCUCCCCCCUCCCUGACAAGGUAAGAAGCAGGGAGGGGGGAAUAAAAUAAAUAUUAUACAUAAAGUAACAAAAUGCUUCCCCCCCCCACACAUCAUCUAGCACUCACACACACUCACACACACAUCAUCCAGCACACUCACACACACAUCAUCCAGCACACACACACACACACACAUCAUCCAGCACACACACACACACAUCAUCCAGCACACACACACACAUCAUCCAGCACUCACACACAUCAUCCAGCACUCACACACACAUCAUCCAGCACACACACACACAUCAUCCAGCACACACACAUCAUCCAGCACACACAUCAUCAGCACACACACACACACAUCAUCCAGCACACACAUCAUCCAGCGCACCCAUCAUCCAGCACACACACACACCCCAUCAUCCAGCGCACACACACACCCAUCAUCCAGCGCACACACACACCCAUCAUCAGCACACACACCCAUCAUCGUCCAGCACACAUCAUCCAGCACACACACACACACAUCAUCCAGCACACACACAUCAUCCAGCACCCAUCAUCCAGCGCACACACACACCCAUCAUCCAACGCACACACACCCAUCAUCCAGCACUCUCACACCCAUCAUCCAGCGCACACACACCCAUCAUCCAGCGCACACACACACCCAUCAUCCAGCGCACACACACCCAUCAUCCAGCACUCACACACCCAUCAUCCAGCACACACACACCCAUCAUCCAGCGCACACACACACCCAUCAUCCAGCACACACACACCCAUCAUCCAGCACACACACACACCCAUCAUCCAGCGCACACUCACACCCAUCAUCCGGCACACACAUCAUCCGGAACACACACCAUCCGGCACACACAUCAUCCAGCGCGCACACACUGCAUUCAUUAUACACACUCUGCAUUCACUAUACACACUCUGCAUUCAUUAUACACACUCUUCACUCACUACAAACACACUACAUUCACUACAAACACACUACAUUCACUAUACACACUCUGCAUUCAUUAUACACAUUUUGCACUCACUACACACUACAUUCACUAUACACACUCUGCAUUCACUACAAACACACUACAUACACUGCAUUCAUUGUACACACUCUGCACUCACUACAAACACACUACAUUCACUAUACACACUGUACUCACAACAAACACACUACAUUUAUUAUACACACUGCACUCACUACAAAUACACUACAUUUAUUAUACACACUCUGCACUCACUACAAAUACACUACAUUUAUUAUACACACUCUGCACUCACUACAAAUACACUACAGUUAUUAUUCACACUGCACUCACUACAAACACACCACAUUUAUUAUUCAUACUCUGCAUUCACUACAAACACACUACAUUCAGUACACACACCCUGCACUGCACUAUAUGCAUAGGAGUAUAAUUUUUAUUUUAUUUUUUUAAGGGGGGGGGGGCGGGAAUCUUGGGUGAGUUCCCAUACUUUUUACCCCAGGACUUGACCCCUGGUGUAGACUGUGUGUGUGCUGUGUAUCAAGUGAACUAUGUUAAUGUAUGAGCAACACUAACAGAAAGACACAAAGACUGAAGCCUUUUUUUGCUAGAACACUACACCUGAAACUAGUGUUUCACAAAAUAUACAAUUCUACAAUACAGAGGUAGUCAGCUUGGGUAUUUUAGCCUGCAUAUUGCAAUUCAGUUUUCAGUUUAUCACAUUACACUGUAGAGUGAAUAAAUCAAACAGUCUCACAAUCACACAUUAAAUAAACAUAUCUGUCUACUGACAGGUACAUAAUAAAACUCACAACAGACUCACAAGGAUUUUUGGCUACACAGGCAAAGAUGCAUUUUGUUGCUCCCCCCACCCCAGUUCACCCCCCCCUCCCAAUUGUCCCUUAACCACCUCUUGAAUUUCUUACUCCAUUUUCUGUUUCUUAUCCUCUCUUUUGAACAUCUAUAGUAUAUACUAUCCCCUUUUUGUCUUAUACUCCCCAUUAUUAUAUCUUAUAGCCCCAUUUUCUCUUUGUGUGUCUCCUUCAGCUCCCCCAUGUGUGUCUUACUUCCCUCCAGACCCUUUUUGUGCCUCUUACAUCCCUCCAGCUUCUUUGUGUCUCUUACUCUCCUCCCGCCACUUUUUGUGUGUCUUUCUACCCCCGCCCCUUUGUGUGUCUUUUCUCAUCCAGCCUCUUUUUGUGUCUCUUUCUGUCCCAAAUCCAUAUGUUUGUCUCUUUCUCCCCUUUCCAACCCAACUGUGUGUCUCUUUUCCCCCACCACCCUGACUCUUUCUCCCCCAAUCUCUCCAUGUCUCUUUGUGUGUGUCCCAGCCACUCCAUGUGUCUCAUUUCCUCCCCUAGCCCCUCCAUUCAUGUGUCUCAUUCCCCCAGCCCACAAUGUGUCUCAUUACCCAAGUCUCCCAUGUGUCUCAUUCCCUCUGACCCCAAUGUGUCUCAUUCCCUAAGCCUCCCAUAUGUCUCAUUCUUCCAGUUCCCUCAUGUGUUUCAUUCCUUCAGUCCCCCAUAACACCCAGUCCCCUAAGUGUCACAUUCCCCCAGUUCCCCCAAGUGUCUCAUUCCCCCGGUUCCCCCAUGUGUCUCAUUCGCCCAGUCCCCCCAUGUGUCUCAUUCCCUCAGUCCCCCAUGUGUCUCGAUCUUCCUGCCCCCAUGUGUUUCAUUCCCCCUGCCCAAUGUGUAUUACUCCCUUUCUCCCCAUGUGCCUCCUCACCUCCUUCCUGUGUAGCGUGGCCGAGCCAUGGACCAGGGGAUAGGAACUUCAGGAACCUCUCCCCAGUCUGACAGAAAGCAGUUCAGCGCUCCCUGAAUGCACCUACUGUCAGACCGUGGAAGAGGUUAGGGAAGUUCCUGUCCCCCGGUCGGCCACUCAACAAAGGAGUGACUGGCAGGAGGUAGCACUAUACUGUGUGUUCCACUCCUGACGGUCAGCAGGAUCUUGCACCCCCAGAGCUGGUGUGUCCUUACUGUAAUUGAGCUUAUCUACAGUGAAGAUAACUAGUAUUUUCAAAUUAGUACAUGUUAAAAUUGUUUUCUAGUUUGCAUUGCAACUCAAAUGAGCUUAAAGGGACAGACAAUUUUUCUGAAAAGUCAGUGCUUACAUUUGUCACUAAGGACACCUCUAGUGGCUGUAGGAAUAUCUGAAAUACAGAGAAAAGUAAGGGUUGUUAAUUUAUAUUGUUCUGCAUUAAAGGGACACUCAAGACCCCUACAAAUGCUUUAUGUGUAAAGAGUGCUUUCUCUUUUUUCCAUUUUAUAAAAAGUACAGAUUUCAGUAGAAAAUGGCACUUUUAUAAAUUAACCUGAUUACACAACCCUGUCUGGAGAACUGGUCCUGUUACUUUCUGAUUUGGUUAGCUUAGUGGAGCUACAGUAAAGAAGCAGCAAUUGCAGAUAGUACCUGCCUUGCAAAGACUUCUCAUUGAGCUGCAUUGGACAUUUUUCAGAAAUAAAGUCAGAGCUGAAAUGAAAGAAGACUAUCGCUGACCAUAUUUUCCAUUGUGCUCCGCAAUCUAGCCUAAAGGUCAAAUGGGUGUAAUGCAAAAUUAGUGCCAUGGGUGUCAUGAAAAAACAGAUUGUGUUUUUUUUUUACUUUGACUUGUGGACACGUGUAUAUGUGUGUGAAUUGCUAAGGGUAUUUGUAGAAAUGCAAUAGAAAAGUGAAGUCUGAAACACAAAACUUGCUCUGUGCUCAUUUCUAUGUCAAGCUGGUAACUCUGGGAUAGUUGUGGAAUUUAGAUUUCACAAGUUACUGUGCACAAGGAGGACUUUUCAAAGUCGAACUUGAGAUUUGCAGGUUAUGCACUAUAUAUUAUGAAAUUUAUAUAUAUGUAUGUAUGUAUGUAUGUAUGUAUAUAUAUAUAUAUAUAUAUAUUUAUAUAUAUAUAUAUAUAUGAGCUAUUAUAUAUAUGAAAAACCGAGAGGCUGUUGCUGGUGCCCCAUUGAUGGGCCCCUUUUAACCUUGACUUGCAGAGAGUCCCAUGAGGAAGAAUUUCCCAGGUAAGUGGAUUAAUCUCAUAAGAGUGGGCAUUAGGUUGCUAGAAGAAGAAAAUAUGGGAAAUAAGGCCUGCGCCAGAGAGACUUUACGUAAAACAAUAAUAACAGAUAGUCCAAAUAAAAAGAGUCUUAUCUAAAAUGCUCUUAUUGGAGUCACAGAGUCUGUAAGGUGCUUGGUCAGGAACAAUGUCCUCGCUGUCCUCAUCCGUGUAGAUCCACUCAUAUGCAAGAGAUAAAACAAAUAGAGAACCAAAUAGUGCAAUAAGUCCAAUAAGUCCAAUAAUAAAACAAAUAAAAUAUAAAAGGCUGGUUUAAAACUCACAUGUACAAGAGCUAUAGCUAGCUCUAGUGUAAAAGGCAUACAGCGGUACAAUCCCUGCUUAUGGGAUACGGGGUAAACUUCCUCCGUCAAUGGUAUGUUCGACACUCAAAUAAAAAGAGACAACCAAUAGUGCUCACUGGAUAAAAUAAUGGGAAUAAAAUAUAUAAAAUGAUACUCACAAGGAAGGAGCAGACCAACUGCUCCUUGAAGAUAGUGCUGGUGGUAUGAUCCCCACCUAGGAUUACUUGGAGUCCAGGGUGAUAAAAAUGCCAGGUAAAAAACAAUUUAGGAUUACUUGGAGUCCAGGGUGAUAAAAUGCCAGGUUAAAAAAACAUCUAAAGUGUAUAAAAAGAUAAAUGGCACAAGUAAAAAGUGACCAAAUAAUCUUUAACAUAUAAAAAUACACAGUAUAAAAUAUCCACAAACGCGUUUCGCUAAUACGGCUUUAUCAAUUCCAAUAAGCGCAUUUUAGAUAAGACUCUUUUUAUUUGGACUAUCUGUUAUUAUUGUUUUACAUAAAGACUCUCUGGCGCAGCCCUUAUUUCCCAUAUUUUCUUCUUUUGUUGUACUUUAAGGGUUUUUGAAGGAUUCCCUUAAAGGGUUGCUGCCCCAUUUGUUAUCUAGCGCUUACUCUUUUUUCUUGUUUUAUUAGGUUGCUAGAGUAGGACCUGUCAAAAAUGGGGUACAUUGGCGUCGCAGGCCUAUGAAAUGUAUGAUCAUAUACUGUAAAAAAAUUCCAGUCCAGAACUGAAGAAUUGCUCUUUUUUGACAAAGAUGAAAUUAAGAUUAUUUAAGACCAAGACUGCUGGUAUGUCUCUAUGUGCGGUAUACAUUUGAGAGCUGAAGACAUAGUGCAGAGUUUGUACUUACUGUGCAGCCUUGAGCCAGGAAGCCCCUUUAGUGGCCAUCUGAGGAGUGGCCAUUUGGAGGUGUCCCUAGAGGCAAUGUAAACACAGCCUUUUCUCUGAAAAGGUAGUGUUUACAUGAAAAUGCCUGAAGGGAGCUAUUAUACUCACCAGAACAAUUACAUUAAGCUGUAGUUGUUCUGGUGACUAUAGUGUCCCUUUAAUAACUAGGCCAGAUGAACCUGUUGACCUAUGCGAGACACGAAACAUAAUACACAAUGAGGGAAUAAAAAUGAUAAUAUAACAAAGAACACAGAAAAGCCAUUGUCAAACAAAGUAGAAACUGUCACUGCUUGGUAGCUGCUGUCCAACCAUUUGGCCAGAUACACUUUUAGCACGGUGAGGGCAAGAAUUAUGAACCAACCCUGUGGCAUUAGUAACUGGUGAGUCUGUUGGAGAGGUAGUGAAACAUACUUGGUGUCUGCAUGAGAAGUAGAGCACGAUGAAGGAAGAAAGUAACCAAAAUCAAAGUAUGUACAGUCCUAGCCAUUUGGGGUGGGCUUAGAUGUAGGUUGCUUGCCAUCAGCAGGGAUGAAGGGUUGUAUUGCAUCGACAUUCCAGUGAUGUGGUCUCUGCGCAGGACAUUGUUGCUGCUUAGCAGAGGCGAGGCAAUUGUAACCUGUUUAAAUCUACUUUUACAGAAUUGAUUCAGUGGAGGAACAGGCAGAGGUGGAUGCAGAACCUAAUCUUGAGAGGACACUGGUAGAUUUUUUUAAAGGCACAAUACAAGCACAUUAACCACUACCAACCUAUGUAGUGGUUAUCGUUCCAGAAGUGCCCUGCUCCCCUCUCAGAAUAAGUAGUCAAACUGUGUAAGAACAGUUUGGCAGCUUACCUGGGGUCUUCCGGGAUAGGGCCUGCAGUAGUGGGGGGCUAGGAGCUGUAAUGUAGUGUGGGGUGCAGUGUGUAUGUUUGAGGGCUCUAGUGUAUGUGUGUGAGGGGUGCAGUGUGUGUGAUUGUGAGGAGUGCAGUGUGUGAUUAUGACGGGUGCAGUGUGUUUGUGAUUGUGACGGGUGCAGUGUGUAAUUGUGAUGGUUACAGUGUGUGAUUGUAAAGGUUACAGUGUGCUGGGUGCAGUGUGUACAUGAUUGUGAGGGUUACAGUGUGUGUGAUUAUGAGGACUACAGUGUGUGUAGUGCAGUGUGUGUGAUUGUGAGGGGUGCAGUGUGUGUGAUUGUGAGGGUUACAGUGUGUGGAGUGCAGUGUGUGUGAUUGUGAGUGGUGCAGUGUGUGUGAUUGGUGCAGUGUGAGUGGUGCAGUGUGUGUGAUGUACAGUGUGUGUGAUUGUGAGGGUUACAGUGUGUAAUUGUAAGGGUUACAGUGUGUGAGGGGUUCAGUGUGUGAUUGUGAGGGGUGCAGUGUGUGAUUGUGAGGGGUGCAGUGUGUAAAGGGUGCAGUUUGUGGGAUUGUGAGGGGUAUGACAGAUCCUCUGUCUCUGGGUUACAAGUCUAUUCUUUGGUUCGUCUGUUUGUUCACCUCAAAAAAUCAUUCCCUUGCUGGUUCGUCUAAUUGUUCACCUAAAACCCCUUCCAUCCCCUUUUCUGCAAAAUAGCACUUCGGAUACAGUCGAAGUAGUCGAACACGUGGCGGCAGGCAUCUUAUUUAGUCGAAUGUGUUCAGUGGUGUUUUGUCGUCGAGUACAUGGAACUCAAAUCGGACAUGCGACGGCACAAACACUGCUGAAGAGUUACCUCGCAGAGAAAAACGACCAUUCAUAUAGUCGAACAAGGUUCGGUGAAUUGAAGCCCGCGAACAAGAGAAACAUUUUAACUAUGGCCAUUCACCAUUUCGUUCGGUAAUUUGAACGGUAUUUCGACUGUUUUAAAUAGACCGGCCGCACAGCCUAAUUCUCUGUAACUGUUUUGGGCAUGAAACCAUGCGUGCUGUCGGUGAAAAGAGACUUCCAGGAAUUUCCUGAACCCCUGCUAUGGAUAUGUUGUUCACCCAGAUCAUGGCUAUCAGGGGAAAUAACUGAUUUAUGGAGAUAUGUUAUGUUUUGGGGUGUUUUCUAUACUUUGUGUAAAAAUAUGUUUUUUCUGCCUGGGGAUAACUAAGUUAGUGCAUUAUCUACCUUAAUUAUAUCACAGGCAGAGGGGAGGGAUUGUGUGCUGUAUGUGGAUAUGUUUGACAUUUUUAUAUUGUUCCUAUUUGUCUGUACAGUUUGUAAUGCGGCGCUCCAUCAGGUCUAGGGGAUGUGCCUCUGGCCUGAGGAAUUGUAUAUAAAGCCAACCUGUACCAUUAAACCUUCAGAUCCACCCGAGAUCGCUUGACCCCUUACAAUUGAAAGAAUUUGGCAUCCGAUUUUCUAACCCCCUGGAUCCUCCACUAGGAGCAGGAUGGCCAAAAAGAAAAAGGGGCAUGCACCACUUUGAGAUUACUUUCCAAUUCAAAACAUAUUUUGAAAUUUAGCUUUGAAUGAUACAGUUGCCUCACCCUGAAGGUUGAAAAAGGUAAAUAGGAUUUCUGUGCAUGUUUACCUGGUUCUUCUGUCUUAUGCUUUCCAUAUAGGGGGGACAAUGAUCUAACCAAUCAGUGUCCUAUCACUGAAACUCAAACCCAAUCAAGAGAUUUACUGAGACUAAGUAUGGACUGAUACUUCUUAGAAACUGGUUGGAGCUACCGCUGUCUAGAAGUAUCAAUCCCUCCUGCCAUCACCUGUGACAACUGCAGCGAACUGGCUUUAUUCAUGGAGGAUCCUGCAGUCUCGCGGGAUCCUCCAUAAACUGCUCGCAAUCGGUUUAACCCUAAAGAUUGCCUCCAGUGCGGAUCUCUAGGUCCCACAGAUGGCAUACAGGAAGUGUGAAGUGCUGUCAGGCAGGAGCAUCGCUGAUUGGCUAGAGGGGUCAGCUGACACUCUAAGCCAAUCAGUAGUUCCCCAUUGAUAAAAAAAAGGGUAUGUAUGUGUAUCACUUAUAAAAUGUAAAGGAGGAGUGGAUCAUGUUUAUUAAAAAGGUCCUGUUAGGGCUACAGUAACGAUGCAUAGAUUGCACACAUUCUAGGUUGUUUUUUUUUAUGUUUUUUUUUCUCUCAGUUCAGUUUCACAUUCCUUGUGUUUUGCAUAGAGUAACUAUCAAAUGUUUUUAUGAGAAACUGAUGUAUUUCUGAGUAAGUUUCACUUUGCAAAUCUCCUGAACAAAUUGAGUCACUUCAGCAAAAUAUUUUGCUGUUGUCCACUUAGAAAACGUAAUUUCACAUUACAAUAUAAUACAACAUUUUUUUAAUGCAUGCUUACCACACGAACAAAGAAUAUGUAUGAGAUAACUGGUACAAAAUCAUUGAAAUUAGUCUAUUUCUGGGACAUCUAUGUUCAGUCUCAUUUGACCUGUUUACUGUCCUGUUCAGCUGAUAAAAGAUGAGUUUUGUUUUACUUUUCAUUUGUUUUAUAAUCAAAUAAUAUAAGUUGAUCUUUUUUGGAGUUUGUUAUAAAUUUUGUAUACACUGAAACUCAAACUGCUGUUCCAUUUUUAGAUAACAUUGUAAAGACAAACUCAAAAACCUAAUUAUAUCUGCAUUCUAACUCUAUGCAGAGAAUGUUGCCAUAUAUAACUUUCUUAGUUCUUCAGAAAAACAUAUCAAUUAAACUGUGAACAGAUUUCUCUCCCUGCACCCCAAUUCCUCUCCUGCAACUGUCAUCAAAACAAAACCCUAAGCUAUCAGUGAAUACUAUCCUAGCAACCUUCUUUUCUACCUCCCCCUUCCUUUUGUGUUACUAUACCCCACUCCCUCUAGCAUGUAAGCUCACUGAGCAGGGCCCUCAACCAUUCUGUUCCUGUGCGUCCAACUCGUCUGGUUACAAAUACAUGUCUGUUAGUCCACCCAUUGUACAGCACUGUAGAAUUUGUUGGCGAUUUAUAAAUAAUAAUAAUAACAAUCAAUGGUAUGCCUGUAUUGCACUUAAUUACAUGAAGCAUGGCCAUCAUACAAAACAAAUUAUUUAAUUUGUUUAUGUGUGAAAAAAGCAAAAAACUAAUAUUUGGCCAGUGUUUGUGACUAAGUGGGUACUAAAAAAGACUGGACAUACCCCACUUGCAAUAACUUGGGUUGUCUACUUUUGUAAAUGAUAUGCCACCAAUGGGGUAAUUCUCAUUCCUGGGCUACCAUACGGUCUCAAAGGCAACAUUACCAAACUGGCAAAUUUCAAUGUGAAAAAAAUGAAAUGCAAGCCUUAUAAAUGACUCUCUAACUUUCCAAAACACCAUAAAAUCUGUUCAUGGGGAGUACUGUUUUACUUGGGAGACUUCACUGAGCACAAACAUUAGUGUUUCAAAACAGUAAAACAUAUUAACACAAUAAUAUCGUCAGUAAAAGUACAGUUCCUGUGUGAAAAAUGCAAAAAAAGUCACUUUUACUGAAAAUAUCGUUUUAAUACAAUUUACCAGUUUGAAACACUAAUAGUUGUGUUCAGCGAAGUCUUCCUAGUAAAACAGUACCCCCCAUGUACAGGUUUUAUGGUGUCUUGGAAAGUUUAAAAUUCUGUGCACUUUCUGCCUGGGUUGUCAGGCAUGUCAAUCAAAUUUUAAUUAAUAAAAUCACAUAAUUAUGUUAAAAGAUUACUUAAAUAUAAACAUAGAAUUUUAAUAUAUACACAUAUAUGUAUUUAAAUUCUAUUUGUAUACUAGAUAUAUAUAUAUAUAUAUAUAUAUAUAUAAUGUUAUUCUAAGUGUAUUUUGUUACCAAUAUACUGUAUAUAUAUUAAUAACAAAAUACAGUUAGAAUAAAAUUACAUAUGUAUACAUGAUUUAUUUUAAUUUAAAAAAAUUUUUUUUAUUUAUUUUAUUAUUUUAUUUAUUCAUUACUCUGUACUAUCAUGAGCACCUAACACAAAUAUAUAUAUAUAUAUAUAUAUAUAUAUAUAUAUAUGUAUAUAUAUAUAAAUAUAUAAAAUAUAUAUAUAUAUAUAUAUAUAUCUUACAUAUAUGUAACUUCAUUCUAAGUGUAUUUUAAUACUAAUAUAUGUACUUAUAUUAAUAUUAAAAUAUACUACGUAUGACGUUACAUAUAUAUAAGAUGUAUAUAUAUUAUAUAUAAUAUAAAUAUUUUAUAUAUAUGUAUACACACAUUUAUUUAAUUUUAAACAUGUUUAAUUUUUCUUUUUUACACUACCCACCAGCAGGAGGACUGUCUGACAGCCCAGACUGUCCCCCUGCUGGCAGAUUCACAGCCAGCUAUAGGGGGCCAUGUGAGAGUGAUCACAUGGCCCACGGGGCCUCAUUUGCAGUGGGAGGGCUGCCUGGGCUCCGCAGCGGAGAUAAGUCCACCAGAGCUCCUGGGGCUGCAAGCCUUUACGGCGUUCUAUGGGCUUACAGCUAAGCCCAUUUAAUGCGGGACGGCAUAGAACGCCAUAACCGCGUUAAGGGGUUAACUGUAUUUUACCUUAUGGCGUAUGUAAGUAUGUAAGUACCUACACACCUCCUGAGAAUGCUCUCUUCACAUCCAGCGCACUCCUGAUUCACAGAUAAACACAAUAUCACUGCUGUAUUUAACCAAUUUAACCUAAACACUCACCUAAAUAAAAUAAAUUCCAAUUCACCAAUCUUACUUAUUUAAACAUGUAUAGAUAAGCCUAAAUGCCUACUUUCUCUUAUCCCUCUUAACUAUAAAUAGAUGGAAUUCCCAAUACCUGGCAAUGAUAGGGGUAAACAAUACAAUUCCUAUUUUAUUUUUUUUACCCCACCACAAAAUGUUAUGACAUAAAUCAUUAUAUUAAUACUAUUACAGUCAGCUAUUGCAAAGUGUUUGAAAUUUCCCCACGCUAUGCAAUAUGAGUAAGAGCACUUAAAUUGGUUGUCUUGUACUUUGUAAGUCAAGUCUUGAGAGGUCUUACUUCUUUCAAAAAUUGGCUUUCAGAGCGCUGUGAUUAGUUGGCAUAUUAGCUGUUAUUCAUAUUGCAAAGCAUGAGAAAUGUUCCCAUGCUUUGCAAUAGCUGACAUAGUGUCAGUGUUCAGUCCACAGCGUAAAAUAGUUAAAUAGUUACAUGCGCCCAUCAAGUUCAGCCUUUCUUACAUUUGUUUUUGCUGUUGAUCCAAAAGUAUGCAAAAACCCAGUCUGAAGUCCAAAUGUGCAACAAACUAGGAAAAAAUUCAUUUUUGACCCCAGAAUUUCAGUCAGAUAUCUCCUUGGAUCAAGAAUUUAUUACUCCACUAAUUCAAAAUGAUAUCCCUUGCAACACCCUGAUCUAUACUUCUACUUACUUCUUUGUGGAAUGCAAAUAGGUUAGUUUGACAUGACCUAUGUUUCAUAAAACUAUGCUGAUAUUUGCUAAUAACACUGCUCCUCCCAAUGAAUUCCUGACUAUUAUCCCUUAACAACACUUUAAAUACUUUCCCAGCCACCAAAACUAAGCUCACCAGUCUAUUAUUUCCAGGUAAAAGUUUUGAACCCUUUUUAAAUAUAUACGAACCACAUCUGCCUUCCUCUAAUCCUCCGGUACAAUUCCUGAAAGAAAAUAAUCUUGAAAGACUAAAUACAGAGGUUUACUUAUUUCAACACUUAGCUUCCUAAGUACUCAUGGGUGAAUACCAUGGUUAGAUGAGAGCGGUUGAGGUUGCAUAACCCUUAUACGGUAAGUAGCCAAAUUGUCCUGUGAUCAUAUAUGUAAAAACAUAGAAUAAAUGAGUUUAAUAUCCCCCUCCAAUGCAAUAUAUAUCUUGGCUGUGUCUGGGCAGAAGUGGUUGGUGAUUAGUGAUGUCCGGAACGGUUCGCCAAACGGUUCGCCACGGACGGCGAACAUAAACAUAAACUUUGACCCUGUACCUCACAGUCAGCAGACACAUUCCAGCCAAUCAGCAGCAGACCCUCCCUCCCAGACCCUCCCACCUCCUGGACAGCUCACUAAGAAUGCAGCUUCACAAUGAAUAUAAAAUGGAUGCUGUCCAGGAGGUGAGAGGGUCUGGGAGGGAGGGUCUGCUGCUGAUUGGCUGGAAUUUGUCUGCUGACUGUGAGGUACAGGGUCAAAGUUUAUGUUUGUGUUCGCCGUCCGUGGCGAACCGUUCGGCGAACCGUUCGGGACAUCACUAUUGGUGAUGUUAAAUCAUUAUUAUAAAUGUAAAAGAAAACUGAGCAUUACUCAAUUUAAUAUAAGUUACAAGGGAUUUUCAGUGUGUUUUCAAUUGUGUCAUCUCCAGGGAAGUGACAGUUCCUCUUUAAUGAAUGUUUUGCAGAUGCAAACUAAUUUCAAUUUCCCUUAUAUUUUACAUACAGAAACAAUAAUAUAACACAGACCAUAGUACACAAGGGUAUUUAGUAAAGAGUAAGCUCUCAGGCCUUCUAAAGUGAUUACUAAAGUAAAUUUAGUGUGCAUUUCUAACUGAAAAAGUAUUUAAGUUAGAGGCAAUUAUCAAUGUUUUAGUAAAUAUUGUAGUGAUAAUAAUGUAUGACAAUAUUUAACAAUAGAAUGUGAUCAACCUCUAUAAGGGUUAUCUCAAUUGAAAUAAGAAUUAUCAGCUAAUUUCAAAUUUAAGGCCAAAAUGACUGAUUUGGGAAAACCUUUUAACCCCUUAAGGGGGUCAUGAUUCCAUUUUAUUCCAGAAGUUUGGUCCUUAAGGGGUUAAGUCACCUUUGCUUCCAGUUUGGCUAUUCUGGUGAAAAAUUUGAAAUCCACAUUGAAUUCACUGUGAAUUGCAAACAAUUCUCAUUUUAAUGAAUAACCCUGUCUUUUAAUUGCAUCUGUCUAUCACAUAAAUUGGGAGGAGUUCCCUUUUAAGGCUUGUAGAGGGCCGCAGCUGCAGAGCACCUGAUACCACAGAGGAAGCACUGUCUCCCAGAGGAGAGUGGUACGCUCUGAUAGUUUUAAACAUUUUGUCUUGGUAGUACAUUUUUAAUUAAUACUAUUGACAGGACUCAAAAUUUUAAGGCCUGUAAUUCUAGAAAGAACUUAAACAUACUCGCCAGUGUAAGUCUUAACCUCUUUAGUCCCACACCUGCUCUAACAGUAAACUUAAAAUUCACACCUCCCUUCGUUUCCGAAAGCAAUUAAUAUUGCAAAAAAUAUGUAAUUGACAUGAAAAUGUAAUUCUUAUAAUAUAUUAUAAAUUUUUGCGCAUGGAAAAUUUUAUUGUUAUAAUAUAUUAUUCAUAUUUGUGUAUAAAAAACACUGCAGUUUUUUAACUUCCAUCACAGCCAAGGUAUGAUGUGAACCCUUAUUAAACAUUCGUCUACUGUACUUCCUUUUUUUGUUGUUGACAUUUUCUCUUAGGGUACAGAAUUGUAAUAUAUACUGGUCUGGCAGCAGAGUUAAUAAUGGAACAACUUCAAUCAUUUAUGAAGAAAGACAAACUGUUAACUAUGUUAGCAAUAAUUAAAAUUAAACAGUCUUGGAAAAAUCCAUUGACAAAAUGACAUUUUUUAUAUCUGUAUCUAAACUUAAUUUAAAAAAAAAGCAAUUCCAGAUAAAUCCAUUGACAAAAUGACAUUUUUUAUAUCUGUAUCUAAACUUAAUUUAAAAAAAAAGCAAUUCCAGAUAUGUUAAUUAGGGAUGUCAAACCUCCCCACUAACAUUUUUGCACCUCCCCAGGGGAGGCACGCCUGACAGGUUAAGAACCCCUAUUCUGGGGGAUCCAUGGCACACUUACCAAGGAUUAAUUUCUACUUUGCAAUUGCUAUUGAGGGAGUGGGAACUUUGAGCCCUGCUGUUACCAAACAAAACAUUCUACACUAUUGGACAUUAAUUUUUUGUACUACAUACAGUUGUGCUCAAAAGUUUGCAUACCUUGGAAGAAAUUGUGAAAUUUUGGCUUUAAUUUUGAAAAUAUGACUACUCAUGCAAAAAAAAUAAAACAUUUUUAUUGACGGAUAGUGAUCAUAUAAAGCCAUUUAUUAUCACAUAUUUGUUUAGCUACUUUUUAAAUCGUAAUAACAACAGAAAACACCCAAAUGGCCCUAAUCAAAAGUUUACAUACCCAUGAAUGUUUGGCCUUGUUACUGACAUACAAGGUGACACACCCAGGUUAAAAUGGCAAUUAACGGUUCAUUUCCCACACCUUUGUCUUUUUAAAUUGCAGUUAGUGUCUGUGUAUAAAUAGUCAAUGAGUUUGUUAGUUCUCACGUGGAUGCACUGAGCAGGCUAGAUACUGAGCCAUGGGGAGCAGAAAAGAACUGUAAAAAAACCUGCGUAACAUGGUUAUGGAACUUUAUAAAGAAGAAAAGGAUAUAAAAAGAUAUCCAAAGCCUUGAAAAUGCCAGUCAGUACUGUACAAUCACUUAUUAAGAAGUGGAAAAAUCAGGGAUCUCUUAAUACCAAGUCAAGGUCAGGUAGACCAAAAAAGAUUUCAGCCACAACUGCCACAAGAUUUUUUUGGAAUACAAGGAAAAGCCCACAGUAACCUCAGGAGAAAUACAGGGUGCUCUGGAAAAAGACAGUGUGGUUGUUUCAACGAGCACAAUAUGACAUUUCUUGAACAAAAGAGACCUGCAAGGUCGAGUUGCCAGUAAGAAGCCUUUACUGCGCCAAUACCACAAAAAAAGCCUGCUUACAAUAUGCCCAGCAACAUCUUAACAUUCUGGCACAUUGUAAUUUUGAGCGCUGUGUUUGGAGAGGGUUCAACAAGGCCUAUAGUGAAAAAAAUACCAUCCGCACUGUGGUGCAUGGUGGUGGCUUGCUGAUGUUUUGGGGGUGUGUGAGCUCUAAAGGCAUCGUGAAGGUUGUAAAAAAUUUGCAUUGUCUGCCAUGAAGGCUAUACAUGGGACAUUCUUGGACUUGGACUUCUGCAUGAAGGCUAUGCAUGGGACAUUCUUGGACUUUCCAGCAUAACAAUGACCCUAAGCACAAGGCCAAGUUGACCCUCCAGUGGAUACAGCAGAAAAAUGUAAAGGUUCUGGAGUGGCCAUCACAGUCUCCUGGCCUUAAUAUCAUUGAGCCACUCUGGGGAGAUCUCAAACGUGCGGUUCAUGCAAGACAACCAAAGACUUUAUGACCUGGAGGCAUUUUGCCAAGACGAAUGUGCAGCUAUAUCACCUGCAAGAAUUAGGGGCCUCACAGACAACUAUUACAAAAGACUGCACACUGUCAUUGAUGCUAAAGGGGGCAACAGUAUUAAGAACUAAGGGUAUGCAGACUUUUGAACAGGGGUCAUUUCAUUUUUUUCUUCGUUGCCAUGUUUUGUUUUAUGAUUGUGCCCUUCUGUCAUAACCUACAGCUGAAUAUGAAUCCCAUAAGAAAUUAAAGAAAUGUGUUUUGCCUGCUCACUUAUGUUUUCUUUAAAAAUGGUACAUAUAUUACAAAUCCUCCAAGGGUAUGCAAACGUUUGGAAAAACGUUUUAAAGCUCGUACUAUGGACAUUCGAUACUAUAAUCCUAAAUAUUUAACUAUUUAUAUACUUUUUUGUAUAUUGGAGCAAUAUUGAAUUUAUUAAAUGUUCUAUUUUUAUUACUUUUCAAUUCAAACUACUACUCUAUCUCUAUUAUAAUUAAAUGGAGCUAGAUUCAACAUUUCACUUACUCUAUCAGAGGUUGUUUGUGUAUUUAUACCUCAUAUUUUACUAUUACUGAGCUACUCUAUCUUUCCAGGAAACACAGCAAGUCACAUUUGACUUAGACAUUGUGACAGGCAUAUUGUGUAUUCAUUUGUGUUUUCCUUAGUAACUUCUGGGGUUAAGCCCCUUGAGACCCCUGGAGUCUCUAUUUGGUAAUAUAGACAGUAGGUCACAACUGGACCAUUGACAUUAGUCAUAGGACCCUAGUGGUGACCUAUUGAGGUCUAUGGGGGGAUCCCUCUAGGCCACAAGAUCUUCCAUAGUCCCAGCAAUUCUCUGCAACAGUCCCCACUUUGUCUCUGUAUAUCUCUUGACAGGAUUGGAAUUUAAAUGAAAUUCCUACAGAGUCAUAAUGAGCAGAUUUUUUUUAAACAGUUUAACUCUUUAUCUAGGAUCAGCCAGGUUCCGCUCCCUGCCUUCACUAUUGCUCAGUGAAAGCUGUGAGUGCUCUGCAAUGAGUUAAGGCACUCAAGGCAUUAGCUUAUUAGCUAAGCAUUCAGCUGGUUCUCUCAGCCAAUGAGCUAGUCCUCUACUGCAGGGUUUAGCCCUCUAGAGUGUACAAUGUGAGGGUGUCAGGGAGUGGUUAUAGGUUUAACCACUAUGGAAGAUGCCAAAAAAAUUAGAACAGUGGUGGAGUGAAUGCUCUUGUGUUUGUAUUCAAGUUUCCAGUGAGAGCAUUAGUUUGAACCUUGAAAUGUACAUCUCUAAUUAUACUCCCCUAUUUUUGUUUAUUAUUUUACAAAAUAUAAGUUAGAAGUAUGGGUUCUCACAGUACCCCUAAAGCAAGUAAUAAUAAGCACUAGUUCCCUAUUGUGCUGCUUACACUUCCCACUGUAGCUCCAACAGGGAAAAUACCAAAAUAAAUGCAACAGACGUUUAUGUGCACCAAACAGUGUCUCCAGUGGCGUACAUACCGUGGUUGCAGGUGUCGCAGCUGCGACCAGAGCCAUCACUCAAGGGGGCCCGGCUGCCCUGCGACCGGGUACCCACUUCCAGCCUGUGCGGCAAACCGCCGGGGCCUCCGUUCAAGGGUCAGGUGGCCCAUGCUGUUAGGGCCACCCGAUGGAGAUGGAUUUUAAGGGGGCCCGGUCAGCGCUGCGGUGCUUUAACAGCACAACCGCACCCCCUGUGAUGACAUCACUGCUGGGAGAAAGUGACUGCCUGUCACUCCUCCCAGCUAUCACACAGAGCCCGCGCAAAAGGAAGCAGAGGAGGGAGUCAGAGUGGAAUCUCUUUCUCCCAUCAACCUGAGCCACCACUGGACCCUGGGGAAAGUCACCCUCCUGCACCUAAAAGGUAGGAAACAGGAGGGUGACUUAUACAUUUUGUGUGUGUGUGUGUGUGUGUGUGUUUGUAUGUGUCUUUGUAUGUAUGUGUGUGUGUCUGUCUGUCUGUAUGUAUGUGUCUGUGUGUCUGUCUGUAGGUAUGUGUGCCUGUCUGUUUAUAUGUAUGUAUGUAUGUAUGUGUCUUUGUGUGUAUGUGUGCCUGUCUGUUUGUAUGUGUCUUUGUAUGUAUGUGUGCCUGUCUGUAUGUAUGUGUCUGUGUCUAUGUGUGUGUUGUCUGUAUGUAUGUGUGUGUGUGUUGUCUGUAUGUAUGUGUGCCUGUCUGUUUGUAUGUAUGUGUAUGUAUGUGUCUUUGUAUGUGUGUGUGCCUGUCUGUGUCUGUGUGUCGGUCUGAAUGUAUGUUUGUGUGUAUGUGUGAGUACCUGUCUGUUUGUAUUUGUCUGUCUGUAUGUGUCUAUGUGUGUGUGUGUGUGUCUCUCUAUGUAUGUUUGUGUGUCUGUAUAUAUGUGUGUGUGUCGGGGGGAAGUGGGAGGAAGAGGGAGGGGGGAACCCACGGAUCAGUUUUGCACUGGGGCGCCAUGGAUUGUGUGUACGCCACUGAGUGCCUCCACACUUUUAUUGAAGGAUCAAGUGUCACAGUAAAUGUUUUGGCUACAACCCCUUUUCAAUGCAUCUUAAGUAGAUGCAAGUUUACUUGGCAAGGGCUCACACGUGUCAUCUUAAGAUAAACAUACUGCAAGCACUCUUUUUUCAAUGAUAGAUCACAACUCCCUUUUUUCUACAAUGCCAAUCAUUUAGUACAAAUUAUUACUAAAGAUGCUUCAAGUACAGGAUAGGGUGCUAAGAUCACACCACAAAAGAAUUAUGGAACAGAAACGAUUGUCUUCAGGGAAUCAAAAUCACUCCUGAGAGCUCUUUACUAUUUUCAUCCUCUCCUCUCCUAAACCAGUGGAUACAAAUAAGGUCAGACAAUGAUACAACCAUUUCUUACAUAAAUCAACAAGGUGGCACAAGAUCCAUUUGUCUGGUGAUACUAGCAGGAAAGAUUAUGAGGUGGUCAGAAUGUCUUCUCCUGGGCAUAAAUGCAGUCCACAUAAAAGUUUCAGAUGUUUCAAAUGUCCUGAACAGAACAAAAAGUACCAAAGUCAGGAUAACAAACAAAUUACAGAAAUAGACUUAUAGACUCCAAAGAAAACAAGAAGCUAAACAGAUUUGGUUCUCAAGAUUGAUAACCCAGAAGUAUAUGCACUUUUGGUCUGGGGAAAAUUACAACUUGGCGUUUAUUUUUCCUCGAAUCAAGAAAUGUACUUUGAGAGACACAAAAAAAUUACGCAAAUGUGAAAUAGAAAAGAAUGCAACAAGUACUACUCCUGCUCCUCAAUAUCAGUCUACCGAAAGUUGUCAACGUGUAAUUGUAUAUCGUACCCUGUGAUUGUGAUUGUUUGCUACUGCCACUGUAUGACCUUAACACCCGAUUGACUUUCUUCCCUUCCCUGUUUUCUACUUCUGUAACCCCCACUUGAACUUGAAAACAACUGAUAAAUAAAGAUUGUCAAAAAAUAAAUAAAAAAAUCAAGCUGUGGAACUAGCAACACUUUAAUUCUUGCCCAGGAGAUCUUGGUUCAUGAAUCAUAUAGAUAUGUUCAAAGUGAAAUAUUGGAUUCUUCAGUCAGAUGAGCUUCAGGAGCAGGAGAUUAAUCAACAGUUCAUUCAAAGAAAGCUUGGCUUCUAAAAGGUUCCUCUUAUAGUCAGCGGGCUUAUACCUUCUUCUGGCCUUAAAUCAAUGAUUACUUGAUUAAUCAGAGAUAUCUCCAGAGACCAUGAGACAAAUUCAAUUUAUUUUUGAAAUUGAGAGGGUAUUAUUACAUAUGUUGUUCUAUGAGAUGUAAGGUUAUACAGAAGAGUGUUCAUUCUGCCAUUUGAACUUUGACAAAUGUAUAAGGAAUUGAGUGCUGAUGCCAAUCAGAUUUUAUUUUUGUAACAAUGAGCUAAGAUGAAGGUGCCAGGUUCAUGCUAUAAAGAAGAUUAUAUUCCUGAAUUUCUUUUUAUUUUUCAUAUUUAAAACCACUUAAACAUUAAAAAAUAAACAUAAUAUUAACACUCUUAGGAAUUUAUAGUUCCCUUUUAAAACCUCCCAACUAAACUUUACACAGAUGGGUCCUGUAAAAUAAAGGAGAGGACAUAUUUCUCCUUGUGCCCCACCCUUGGGCAAUAGAGGACUUGGAGGCUAUGAAAUCACAAAAAUGGUCCUGCUGCCCCUAGACAGCAGAAGCUAGUGGGGAAUGCUAAUUUUAAACCACGGGGAACCUAGCAUACCUUACAGUCCCUGCCCUGUGCAACAGCAGAGGGCUAUUAUACCAAACCUCACCUGUCCUAGUUCUGCAACCUCCUUCUACAAUUCCACCCUCUCUUCUCAACUAGACAUCAUGGCACCUUUUACAUUUAAACGCCGCAGGCCCCCCCAACAACAACCCUGGCACACCAAGCUCACUCGAUACCUCCAACAAUGCUCCAGAACUGCUGAACGCUGUUGGAGAAAGUCUCACUGUCUAUCUGACUUUCUCCACUAUAAAUUUAUGCUGAGCUCAUACAGCUUGGCUCUUUCCUCUGCAAAAGUUAAUUACUUCAACACCCUCAUAACCACACUCUCCCGCGAAUCCAAACGACUAUUUCACACAUUUAAGUCUCUUCUUCGCCCUGCUGUUCCUCCUCCACCUACUAACUUGACCGCCUCAGACUUUGCAACUCACUUCACUGACAAGAUCUCUACAAUCAGAGAAGAGAUCUCUCAUCUUUCUUCUUCCUCUUACAAUACUUCCCCUAACUUCACUCCCUCUGCUGUUCUAUGUUCAUUCACAUGAACCUACAUUGGAAGAAGUUUCUGCUCUGCUCCAGUCCUCCCGCCCCACCACCUGCUCCCUAGAUCCAAUUCCCUCGCAUCUCAUCCAUACUCUGUCUUCUUCUCUUUCUCCACCUCUCACUAAAAUCCUUAAUCUCGCUCUCUCCUUUGGUAUAUUUCCAUUGCCCUUCAAACAUGCAACUGUAACCCCGAUUCUAAAGAAGCCCAAUCUUGACCCUAACUCCCCAUUCAACUAUCGUCCUAUCUCGCUACUGCCUUUUGCAUACGAGAUCCUUGAAAAAAUUGUGUAUGCGAAAUUGACAGACUUUCUCGAGUCCAACUCUCUGCUAGACCCGCUUCAGUCUGGUUUCCGCGCUAAGCACUCUGUGGAAAUGGCACUGACCAAAGUAUCCAAUGAUCUACUCGCUGCAAAAUCUCGUGGUCACUACUCUAUCCUAAUUCUCCUUGACCUGUCUGCGGCUUUUGACACUGUUGAUCAUCAACAGCUUCUUCUCAUCCUCCGCAAUAUCGGUCUACAAGAUACUGCUCUCUCCUGGUGCUCCUCCUACCUCUCCCAGCGCUCUUUCAGUGUUUCUUUCUCUGGCUCUGCUUCUUCUCCCCAACUCCUCUCUGUUGGUAUCCCCCAAGGUUCAGUCCUUGGUCCCCUACUGUUCUCCAUCUAUACUGCCUCCCUUGGUAAACUCAUUAGCUCCUUUGGCUUCCAAUAUCAUUUCUUUGCAGAUGACACGCAAAUCUACCUGUCCUCUCCUGAUCUCUCCCCGUCCCUCUUGACUAGUGUCUCUGACUGCCUCUCUGCUGUUUCUAACUGGAUGGCUGCCCACUUCCUUAAACUAAACUUGACCAAAACUGAAAUUCUGGUCUUUCCUCCCUCAAGUGUUGUUACUCCUGUGUCUGUCUCCCUCCAAGUCAACGGUGCUACCAUCAGCUCCACCACAGGCUCGCUGCCUAGGUGUUCUCUUUGACUCCGACCUCUCCUUCAAGCCUCAUAUUCAAUCUAUCGCCAAAUCCUGUCAUUUCCAUCUAAAAAACAUUGCGCGCAUCCGCCCCUACUUAACGCCAGAUGCGACUAAGGUGUUGGUCCAUUCCACUGUCCUUUCUCGCCUUGACUACUGUAAUCCGCUUCUCAGUGGUCUUACGUGCUCCCAACUAGCGCCGUUACAGUCCAUAAUGAAUGCGGCGGCAAGGCUCAUCUUCCUGUCUGCCUGCACCUCCCAUGCCUCACCCUUCUGUCAAUCCCUACACUGGCUUCCAAUAAAAUAUAGAGCUCAAUUUAAAAUUCUGGUUCUUGCUUUCAAAUCGCUACAUAAUGCUGCUCCCACCUAUCUAUCCUCCCUUAUACACAAGUAUGUCCUGUCUAGGCCCUUACGAUCUGCUGAAGACUUACGUCUAUCUUCUGUCCGUACUCCCACCUCUAAUGCUCGCCUUCAAGAUUUCUCGAGGGCUGCACCGUUCCUGUGGAACUCGCUUCCCUCCUCCGUUAGAUGCUCACCCAGUCUCCAUUCCUUCAAAAAAAUUGUUAAAAACCCACUUCUUCAUAAAAGCGUAUUAGUUAAACUGUUAAUAGCUCCUGACUGAUUCCUCUUCUGCAACUAUCAUUGGUCUAAUACUAUCCUUACCUUUUUGUGUCAUUUUACCCCACUCCCUCUAGCAUGUAAGCUCAUUGAGCAGGGCCCUCAACCCCUCUGUUCCUGUGUGUCCAACUUGUCUGGUUACAACUACAUGUCUGUUCGUCCACCCACUGUAAAGCGCUACGGAAUUUAAAAAUAUCAUCAUAAUAAUAAUAAUAAUAAUAAUAACAGGGACCUAAUUUUCAUCCCCUAUACCCAUUGGUGUUUUCUGUGGGGUCUCUAAAUCAUAGCACAAGGGGGAUCACCCAUGGGCUCUCAAGAAUAAUGCAAGGUGUGGAACUAGUGUACCCCAUCCAAGCCCCCAUGGGCAUAGGCUCUAAAUAAUAAUACAAGGGUCAUGGACAAUCCACCCCCCCCCCACCCCCACCACCCAAUUAGUGACAUGGUCCACCCUGCCAUCCUAGGCAAGCUACUUAAAAAAAACAAAAAAACACAACAACUGUGUCGCAAACAAAGGCCAACACCAGUGGAUAAGUUGGAGGGCUAUAUUAUAAAUACACUUACCCCUGAAACAGUAGGUGUAUCUGGUAUCAAGUGUUCAAAAACUAUAAUAAAAAAAAACAAAACAGAAUGUAGUGUAGCAAGUUUGUCAUAAUAAAGAGUGCAAUGUAAAUAAAUAGGCUACACUCACAAUGGACAGAGCCUUAAAGGGAUAGGCUCAGAUCGCUCUGGUGGAUGUGUGCUAUGGUGACCUUAUCCCUCUUCAGUCUUCAACAAGAGUAACUUAAAGGAAAAACAAAAAAUACAAAAGUAUCUAGUGCAGCAACCCUGAUGAUUAAAUAACUAAACCAAUAGACACAGAACUGCUCACUUUAAAAAGAGCUGUCCGUAACGAGGCUCUAGGUAAAAGCACUUAUGUGUCUAUAAAGGGGGAGCAAACCCUUCUUGAAUGCAGGACCAAGCUGGUUUAGGAUGCCACAGGACCAAGUGGUAAAGUGCAAAACUGAAUUUAUUAAACUAUACAAUAAAAACAAAUAAAGUUAAAAUCAAUAAAUGUCCUUGGGGUCUCCUCCGAGACCUGCUUCGCUGACAUGGAGUUUCUUCAAUCAGAUGUACCAGCUUCCAUUAAGAGUCCUUUUAAACCACUUUCUUGAAUGUGGUUGGGUACUUCCCAUAUGAGUUCUCCAAUUGUGGCUUAUGUGGGCAAAGUCCUGGCAACUUCACAGCAUUAUGAUGGAGUCUUUUGUGAACUGGAAGUGACGCAUAAUGUCAAUUCCACUUUGCUCAUAUCAAAAGGUCUCUGCAGUAUGUGAGUCGUUCUACUUAAACUCACUAUUAUAAUAUUAUUUUUUACAUGUUACGCUAUGAUUUUUCUUUUUUUCAGUUUAUAUUUUUUAGGUUAAACAACCUGCUCUACCUUUAGUAUCCUGAAAGUGUAUUUGUAAAACAUAGCAAUUUAAAAAAAAAAAACAAAUAAGAUUAGGCGUUCACUAUAGUGAUGGAUACAAUAGGGAGUAGGCAGCAGUGACCACACAAGGAUUCCCUACCUUGUGAUAAAUCAAUAGUGAACAGAAAGAAAAGAGGAAACCGCGCCCUUAUUGUUAUACGCAAAUACGUACUCAAGUCCUUAUGGUCUUAAGGGAUCUUAUAAUAAUGUAACUCAAAAGAAAAAAAGAGAUAUACAAAUAAUAGUGUAGCACUGUUAAUAUUCCGUAAGUGAGCAAGGAGUAAAUAGAUGUACACUAACAUGUGACAGAGCUAGAAACAGAGCUCUACUGUUCAUGCGCAUAGACGGAAUAAUCCCCGUCUUAGGAUAAAUGUAAGGUGGUCCACGUCUUGAUGGUCUCAAAUAAAGAACACACAGAUAGACAGAAGAAUCAGCAGUAAAUACUAAAAUCUCUUGGGAUAAUGGAUAAAUAUAAAGUGUUGUACUCACAUUUACUAGAGCGUGCCUCGCUCUAGUUUAUAAGGUGUAGGUGUUUAAUCCCCACCAAGGAAUAAGAUGGUAACCAGGAAAAAAUAAUAUAAUAAUGGAUAUCUCAGAGUGAUAAAAAUAUAUAAAAUAGUAACUGUUUAUUGUACACGAAAAUCAAUAAAAACAAAUAAGAAACACUCUAUGAGAAAGUCCAUAAAAAUCCACUUUACGCGUUUCACCUGUAGAGGCUUCUUCAGAAGUGUGGAUAGAGUCCUUUUUAAUGUCCAAAUAUAUAAAUAUCUUACAAUUGUGGGUAUAAAUAAUAUUAUAUGUAAAGUACACACAAAAAAGACCCAUCAUAUAUUAAAAAAUAUGGAAAAAUCAGCUUGGCAUACAUAGUAAAUGUAAACAUAAUAGAAAAAAAGAUUUGUAAAUGUAUGUCAGUAUAUAAUGGCAAAAAAAACGUUAAUGUAAACAAAUAGCAUUAUCUUAUAACAAGAUAAAUGCAGACAGUAAAUACAAAGAAAAUAAUAUAAAAAGCAUAUAAAACAUAAGUAAAUAUAUAAAUAUGGUGGAAAUCAAGUAUAAAAAUUGAUACUUAAAAACAAGGCUAUAGCCUUAAAAAUAUACAUAUAUAAUAAAAUACAGAAAAAAGGUAAAUAUAUUAAUCUAAAAGAAGCAACAAGUAAUUAGGAGGUAAAUAUAAAUAUUAUAAAAAAUUAAAAAGAUCAAAAUCUAUAUUUAAUCCAUUCGGAUGCAAAGUAUCAAUUUUAAAUACCCAUUCCAUCUCCUUUUUUCCUAUUAUUUUGAUAAAAUCACCUCCUCUCCAAUGUUUUUUUUUACUAUCGUGAUCCCUAUGAAUGUGAGAAAUUUGGGAUCAUUAUUAUGCUUGCAGAAAUGGGCAGACACUGAGUGUUUUUCAUAGUUUUUUUCAAUAUUUCUGCAGUGUUCAGCUAUACGUAUUUUUAAAGGUCUAAUAGUACGGCCAAUAUAUUGGAGGCCACAAGGGCAUUCCAAUAAAUAAAUAACAUUCUUACUUUCACAGGUAAUAAUUUCUUUAAUGUUGUAAGUCUUAUUAUUAUUAUUCGAUUUAAAAGUGGACCUACUCUUUUCUGUUGGCUUCGUUUUUUUGCAAGCUAUACAGUUAUUACAUUUAAAAAAACCAUUGGCAAGGGGUGGGAAAUGUUUUGUAUGUGUAUUUUCUCUUUGAUCUUUAGUGUAAUUGUUUGUAAGGUGCAUUUUUAAAUUUGGAGCACCUCUAAACACAAUGUGUGGUUUAUUAGGAAUCAUGUCUUUAAGGAUAGGAUCCUCUUUUAGAAGAUGCCAAUGUCUGUUCAUUAUUCUUUUUAGAUUUUUAUUUUUAUCAUUAUAAUCCAAUACUAUGGGUAGAAUAACUUGAUUUUGUUGUUGAGGUUUUAUUUUAUGUAUAAGUUCUUUUUGGUUGAUUUUUAAUGUUUGUUGAAUAGUAGAUUCUAUUAAUUCUUCAUUGUAACCCUUAUUUGUUAAACUGUUUUUAAUCUUAUUAGCCUGUUGUAUAAAAACGGUGUUAUCAGAACAAUUUCUCCUGAAUCUAGUAAUUUGGCUCUUUGGAAUACUGUUGAGCCAAGCUUUAUUAUGGCAGCUUUUUGUAUUAAUAUAAUUAUUAACAUGGACAUCUUUAAAAUUAGUUUUAGUAUGGAUAGUGCAAUUUUCAAUAUAGAUAUUAAGAUCUAAAUAAGUAAUUUCUUUAUCGCUAAUUUCAGAGGUUAAAAUGAUUCCCUCCUGGUUUGAAUUUAAAAUAAAAUCAUGGGCUUCUUUUAAUAGGGCCUUUCCAAAUAAAAAUGAGGUCAUCUAUGUAUCUGGAAUAGGUAAAACCAUUGGAGAGGAGGUGAUUUUAUCAAAAAAAUAGGAAAAAAGGAGAUGGAAUGGGUAUUCAAAAUUGAUACUUUGCAUCCAAAUGGAUUAAAUAUAGAUUUUGAUCUUUUUAAUUUUUUAUAAUAUUUAUAUUUACCUCCUAAUUACUUGUUGCUUCUUUUAGAUUAAUAUAUUUACCUUUUUUCCGUAUUUUAUUAUAUAUGUAUAUUUUUAAGGCUAUAGCCUUGUUUUUAAGUAUCAAUUUUUAUACUUGAUUUCCACCAUAUUUAUAUAUUUACUUAUGUUUUAUUUAUACCCACAAUUGUAAGAUAUUUAAAUGUAUCUUAUGUUCUUAUAGUUUUUAUUUUUAUUUUCUCAUUCAUUUUAGUAUAUUUUUUAAAUGAUAUCUCUUAGGAAGUUCUUAGCAGUAUUAUUUUAGUUGUUUAUCAUCUGCUCUUGUUCUAUAAUGGUGAGAAUGUAUUUAAAGAUGUUAUACACCUGUCACUUUAAAUCGCAUGCUAAGCCCCUAUUGGUGUCACUCUAUUAAGAUACAUAUGAUUAAUUGAUUUAAGGUUAUCUUAACAAUAUUAUAUGCACUAUGUAAUUCAUCAUAAUAUAUUAGAUUGAUAAUACCCUUAUUAGUGGUAUAAAAGUAAUGUACUAUUAUUACUAUUGCCGUUUUUUUUUGUUUGCGUUCCUUCUGUGGAACGCAUAGAAUACGUUUGUACUAUCAUUCUGAUUGCCGUUUUUUGCUUGCGUUCCAUCGUCUGGUUACGCUGCGUCAUUUCCGGUAACAUAACAUAACCCAUAUCCUCCAAUAUAUUAUUGGCCAAGAUGUCGCAGCGUCACUUCCGGUAUGACGCGCGCGCGAAAACCAGGAAACAGUAAGUAAUUCUCAAACAUAUGAAGAUAAUUGCUUUAAGUUUGACUCCCUAUAUAUUUGGACAUUAAAAGAACGCUAUCCACACUUCUGAAGAAGCCUCUACAGGUGAAACGUGUAAAGUGGAUUUUUAUGGACUUUCUCAUAGAGUGUUUCUUAUUUGUUUUUAUUGAUUUUUGUGUACAAUAAACAGUUACUAUUUUAUAUAUUUUUAUCACUCUGAGAUAUCCAUUAUAUUAUUUUUUCCUGGUUACCAUCUUAUUCCUUGGUGGGGAUCAUACCACCUACACCUUAUAAACUAGAGCGAGGCACGCUCUAGUAAAUGUGAGUACAACACUUUAUAUUUAUCCAUUAUCCCAAGAGAGUUUAGUAUUUACUGCACUAUGUGGAUUCUUCUGUCUAUCUGUGUGUUCUUUAUUUGAGACCAUCAAGACGUGGACCACCUUACAUUUAUCCUAAGACGGGGAUUAUUCCGUCUAUGCGCAUGAACAGUAGAGCUCUGUUUCUAGCUCUGUCACAUGAGUGUACAUCUAUUUACUCCUUGCUCAGUUACGGAAUAUUAACAGUGCUACACUAUUAUUUGUAUAUCUCUUUUUUUCUUUUGAGGUACAUUAUUGCAAGUAUAUGACCAUAAGGACUUGAGUACGUAUUUGCGGAUCACAAUAAGGGCGCGGUUUCCUCUUUUCUUUCUGUUCACUAUAGCAAUUUUUUAGCAUUUCUGGAUUUGAUGGCUACUAUUAAACUUAAAAUACACACAUAUGAGACACUGGCUGUGCCUAGUAUCUCUUUAAUCUGCUUUAAAAAAAAGCUUUUUAACUGCAUGUGUAGACAGGAAGCACAAAGAGCUAUAAUUGUUUAACUUGGGUGGUUAGACAUCUGGGGUCUUAAAUGGGGAAGUCUUAGAAACAUUUAUCUAUUUUCACAGUAAGGUAGAAAAAUUUACUUCCGAAACAAAUUGUUUGUGAUUUGUUUUUAUUCUAAUGUGGAUGUGGUUAUGGGAAUUUUCAGGAACUGACCAUGAGAUUAAUAUUUUAGGUUAGGAUUAAGAGUGAUCAAUGAUUCAAAACAUGCCAAACAUACUGUAGCUUGCAUGGUUUAAGGAACACUCCAGAAACGUUCAAGGGGCACUCUACUGCCCCUUAAAAAAAAAAAAAAAAUCCCUGCCUAGUAGAUGUACAGCCAUUGAAAAUAUGCAUUAUUGGGCGUAUAUCGAAAUACAGCUUGCAAGAGCCAAAAUUCUCUUGUCUGCUGCCUUUCCAAACCCUGCCUCUCUAACCCAGCCCAGACUUUCUAUGGUUGUCCUAUCACAGACUGCCCAAUGCAGCUCAAUAAAAAGUCUUUGCAGGGCAGGUGCUAUGAGCUAUAACAAACCAAGGAUGUAUUAGGACCUGUGGUCUGCUUGACAGCCAUGGUGUUGUAACAAAACAAAUUUAUAAAACUGCAGAUUUCUAUAGAAAUCUGCAUUGUUUGUAAAAUGAAAGAAAAAUGCACUCUUCACAUAUAAAGCAAUUCAGCAAGAUUAAGUGCCUCAAACUGUCGUGUUUUUUCUUUUGAUUUUCCUUUCCUUAUGCCUCCUGUCCCUUAAUGAUAUGCUCCCUCCCUUGUCAGUUGUCUUUAUUUAUAUAUAUUACUUUUUGUCCUUGUGCUGGAUCUUCGUACCUGGGCACAGCCAUUUUGUUCUCCUCUGCUUUGGUGUCUGCUGUUUGCCCUGUGGGAUUAGGUUACUGAUGGAUUGUCGGUAAAUUUGAUUGGCAACUGAAAGCUCUGCCCAUUUUUAAGUUUUGUCAAAUUGACCGUGAUGAAUACAGCUGUUUCUGUGCUUUAUCAAUAUCUGCUAGUGGGAGAUGGACAGUCCAAACAUAUGUUUAAAAGGCGUUGGGAGAUAAGCCUAGAUACAUAGAAACAUAGAAACCAUGGAAAGAAUAUAUGGCUGGGGGGAGAGGACAUUGAUUAAGGAGAUAGGAGAGUUGGGAGUCUAAGAUCAGGGAGAUGGCUAGGACCUACACUCACUGGUGAGUUUUGAUACCUUAUUCCUAUUUUCUUUUUAUAAAUUUUAGUUAUUUAUUUAUUUAUUUAUUUAUUUUUAGGUAUUCCUAGUAAUGGAAAAUUUACUUGGCUAUUAAUAUUCUACCUCACUUGGGCAAUGUACCCACACUCCUGUCGAUGUGUGGAUUUGAAAGGAAUUCUUUAGCCAUUUCACACUUUCUACCUUUCCUAGCCAUCCCGCAAAACAUACACCUUCCCAUCUUCCCUUGCCAUUCCACACACCUCCCUCCCUGUCUAUGGUACACACCUUCUACAUGCUAAACAAUGUGUGCUAUGUCAGUAAACGUCCUAGACAUACAAUGGAAUGUUAACUAAGUAAUUUUUGUUUGCACAGAACUUGUAACACACGUAUAUUUUACCUUUCAGGUGAAAUCUGGUGCUGGAUGGAAUCAUGUAGAAACGCAUCAGGUUAGGUAUAUUUUCUUCUUCCCAAAAGAUGAAUCAUAAAGGGAGCAAUUUCAAUUGAAAUUAUAGCAUCUUAGAAGUGAUUAGUCAUAGUAGUAUUACCACAGCAUUGCAGAAGUAGGCACAUAGUUUACAGCGUAGUGAUUUUAUUCUCUUCUGAUUUUCAGUGUGCAGAUAAAGCCUUCAAACAUAAUAUCAUAAUAUAUAUGGAUAGUUUUUUUUUGACAAUCUUUAUUUAUUCUUUUAAUAGUCAUUCAGUGUGUUACAACUGUGAACAUACUUAGGUGAACAUUCGUUGAACAUGAAAACAUUCAAUUAUUGGCUAUUGAUUGUAACCGGCAUUACCGGUGUUAUGUCGGUAGUGUGUAGGUCUUUGUCAGGUAAGGCUGCGCUUCAUCAGAGGCUGCUGCUGAAGACUUUUGGUUUAGCUUUCACUUUGGUAGUGUCAGUUGCAGGCAUGAGGUAGGUAGAGCUAGUGUGAGGUAUGUGUUGUGCCAUGUGUUACUCCCUUGUGGACUUGCUUUGUUACGUGGGUUAUGUAAUUAUCCCCUUAGAAUAGCUUUCUAGUGUUUUGUUUUCAGUGGUUAUGUGUGUGGGUUUCGAGGCAUCUACAGAGUGUCCUCAUUCCGUCUAGGUUACUGGCUUGAUCGCAGUGGGUUAUUUGGCUAGUGUCACUUGUGUGUUGUGAUGUGUCGGUCAUUAUCGAAAAGGUGUGCUGUAUUCAGCUCUGGGUGUUGAGGUGACCUCGUCCUGGUCCUGUGUGGCUUGUUGUAUCCUAUGUCCUGCAUGUAGAUGCAUGCUCUACGGUGCGUCUUUUAUCUGUGUUUGCUCUGACUAUUUUAGGCGGUUCUGGGUGUUGACUAGUUUGGGGUAUCUGGAGUAAUUAUCGUCCCCAAUGGGCAGUUGAGUCUCGUGUCGGGUACAUGAACGGUUCUCGUCUCCUGGUGUUGUCUUCACACUCUGUCCUUCUAUCCCUGUUAUGUCUAUUUGUUUGCUGCCUGGGUAAUUUCUCUGUUAUUUCUCGGCCUUCCUCUGUCGUUCGCCCUCCCUCUCGUUUUGGUCACCAGCCUUCCGUCAUGUUAUGUAGUGGUGUAGGUUGGUGUGGGUACCUUCGAGAGUCAUGUCUCCAUGGUUCGUCAACAGUCUUGUGAAGGGGGGGGGGGCAGAUAGGUCAGUUGUGUGUGUGUGGGGGGUCAUUCAUAACUGGUUGUUACUGUAGCUAUACGUUGGUCUGUCGGGGUGGUUCUGCCGGUGCAGGCGCGCCCGCAAUCCCCGCCGGGACGUCUCUUGCAGCUCCUUUUGCUGUAUAUUCCAUCCAUGGGAAACAAGCCAGGGCACAUUUGUCCGAGUGUCCCUGCAGGGAGGCUGUCAUCAUUUCCAUGCUGAAUCAUGGAUAGUUUUUAUGUUACUUCUCAGUUCUCAAUUGUAUUUUCUCCCUGCAAUUUUUUGUCUUAAAGGGACACUAUAGUCACCAAAACAACUUUUGAAACUAUUUUGUUUUCAUGCAGGCUGUGAAAGUCAUAUGCAGGAAGGUGUGACUAGGGCUGCAUAAACAAAGUGAUUUAACUCCUAAAUGGAAGAGAAUUGAGCAGUGAGACUGCAGGGGCAUGAUCUAUAAACCAAUGCUGCUUCAUUAAGCUAAAGUUGUUUUGGUGAUUGUAGUGUCACUUUAAUGUACAUUUGUUUCAGUGUGUCUCUUUAUUUAUCCACAUGUUAUUUUUUGCAUAUAUUGUAAAGCUGUCUGGAUAAAAGCACAAUUUGAGAACGGUUAAAUAUAAAAAAAUAAAAUAAUAAUAUAUCCAUACAUUACUUUCAUCCAUACAUUAUUUUCAUCUUUAUUGAGAGCCAUAAAACCCACGACAACAGUUAAACAAUAGAAAAUAGAAUAGACAAUAGAAACAUUAGCUGGUAUUGCCAGAAUGUUGUCAUAAUGCAAGUAAAACCAUAUCAUUUAAUUUAUUUUGUUGAUAUGCUGUGCACUCAGAUGUUAUUGUUCAUGUUUCUGAAUAUACUUACAUAGUUACAUAGGCUGAAAAUAGACAUACCGUAUAUACUUGAGUAUAAGCCGAGUUUUUCGGCACAUUUUUUGUGCUGAAAAACCCCAACUCGGUUUAUACUCGAGUCAGUCUGUAUUAUGGCAAUUUACAUUGCCACAAUACAGACCAGGACCGCCGGGCUCAUUACAAGCGAGACUUACACUGUAAGCAGAAUGGAGCUGACAGAGGAGCUGCACGGAGGAGAAGGGAGCUGACAGGAGCUGCAGGAAGGUGAGCCCCCCCCACUGAACAGCCAAUGUCACUGGACCACCAGGGAUUUAAUAUUAUUAAAAUAAUAUUAAAAUAUUGUAAUAUUAAAAUAAUAAUAAUAUAAUAAUAAAAUAACAUUAUUAUUUUAAUAUUAUAUUGUAAUAAUAUUAUUUUAUAUUAUUAUUUUAUUAUUAUAUUAUUAUUUUAAUAUUAUUUUAAUAAUAUUAUUUUUUUUAAAUAAUGCAAAUUUUAAAAUAAUAAUAAUAUUAUUAAAAUAAUAUAAUAAAAUAAUAUAAUAAUAAAAUAAUAAUAUUAUUAAAAUAAUAUAAUAUUAAAAUAAAAAAAUAAAAAUAAAAAUGCCCUCCCCUCACCCAGUUUACACACACUGCACAAACACACACACUGCAUUCAUUAUAUACACACAAACACACACACUGCAUUCAUUAUAUACACACAUACACACAAAUACACACUCUGCAUUCAUUAUAUAUACACAUACACACACACACUCUGCAUUCAUUAUAUACACACACAAACACAUUCUGCAUUCAUUAUAUACACACACACAAACACACACUCUGCAUUCAUUCUAUACACACACUGUAAAUAAAUAUUCAAUUAAUGUAAUUUUAUUGGGAUCUAAUUUUAUUUAGAAAUUUACCAGCAGCUGCUGCAUUUCCCACCCUAGGCUUAUACUCGAGUCAAUAAGUUUUCAAAUUUUUUUGUGGUAAAAUUAGGGGCCUCGGCUUAUAUUCGGGUCGGCUUAUACUCGAGUAUAUACAGGGCCGGUGCAAGGAUUUUUGCCGCCCCAGGCAAAAGUAAAGUUUGCCGCCCCCCCCCCCUCGUGACAUCACAAUGCCCCACCCAUAUGACCUGCCAUGUUAACUAACGCUAGUGCUGCAGUGCCGCUGUGUUUACAUUAAAAGGCCUGCAGGGACAGGCUAUAGACACCAGGACCACUACAUUAAGCUGCAGUGGUUCUGGGGAUUAUAGUGUUUCUUUAAUGUGAGGUAAAUUAGAGAUUAGUGCCACGAAUAAUAUACUAGAUUACCUACUUACAAGCAGAUGAGGAUGAUGAUGGGCUCUAGCUGCAGUCUGGCUCCACUGGUCUGGUGUAUAACAGGAUCUCUGGAGGCUGUUUGUAACUGUGGUCACAAAAAUCAAUGUUCUGGGAGAACGAGAAGCAGCUCCAUUUUUUGGGGGCCCUUUACACAGCUCAAGGUCUGGGUCCCAGGGUCCACCUUCAUGUUCCACCAAUGAGUUUGUUCACAGGGGGUGGAGUGUGUAGGGGAUGUCCUUAUUUGUGUGUAAGGAAUGCAUUGUGUGAAUCUGUGUUUGUAUGUGUAAGGGCUGCAAGGUGUGUUUCUGUGUAUGUAAGGGAUGAAGUGUGUGUCUCCUCCAUGUUAGUUUCUUUCCCCCCACCUCCCUGUUAGUUUCUUUCUCCCCCCUCCCGUCAGUUUCUUUCUUCCCCCUCCUUCCCUGUUUCCUUCUCCCCCCUCCCUCCUCCUGUUUCCUUCUCCCCCCCUCCCUCCCUCCCUGUUUCCUUCUCCCCCUUCCCUCCUGUUUCCUUCUCCCCCCCUCCCUCCCUGUUUGUUUCUUCUCCCCUUCCCUCCCUCUCUGUUUCUUUCUUCUCCCCUCCCUCCCUCCUGUUUCCUUCUCCCCCCUCCCUCCCUCUCUGUUUCUUUCUUCUCCCCCCUCUCUCCCUCUCUGUUUCUUUCUUCUCUCCUCCCCCUACCUGUGUAGUAGCGUGGCCGAGCCUAGUCUAGUCCGCGGGUACAGGGAGCUGUUGUUUCCUGUACCCGGCCGACUAACAGGAAGUGAACACUCAGUGUUCCCUGUACCGGUCGAACCAUGCCAUACAGGGCUCGGCCACGCUACAGUGAGGGAGCUGACAGGAGGGAGCGCUGAGCGCUUCCCUCCUGUCAGCCUCUCCUCAGGCUGCGCCCGGGCGGUGCGGUCCGCCCUCAUGGACGCACCGCUCGGGCAAAGCUGCAGCCGCCUGAGGCGCUCUACAGAGCGCUCGGGUAGCUGCAGCAUGGGGGGGGCCGGCGCUCCUGGCGGCGCCCCCUCCCAAGGGGCGCCCUAGGCGGCUGCCUAGUCCGCCUAACAGGUAGCGCCGGCCCUGAGUAUAUACGGUACAUCUUAUCAAAUUCAUGAAAAACAAGGAGGUAUUCAGCGCUUUUCAGGUACUGAUACAGUCCAAAGAGCAGCUUAGUCACCAUAAUCGGGGUCUCUCGGCCCAUAGAGAAGCAAUUAAAAACACAAGCGGAAGUGUAGCGCCCAGUGGGUCCUUAGAGUAUAUAUAAUAAAACAAGGGAGAAAUGGAAAGCUGAUAAUGAAGUAUGUAACAAUUCUAAUAAAUAACAAGUAGAAGUAAAUAAACUCACACUUUAAGGGGGCUAAGAUGUAGGUAAAACUUAAGCGCCUGGAUGGAAUGAUCCCCAUCUGAGGAUAUGAUGUAGUGUAAACUCUUGUAGUGAGUUCUUGUGGUGGUAGUGACUCUCACAGAUAUGUAGGAAAGAUAAAAAAUAUAUAGUGCAGUAUAUCAAAUUUUAAUAUAAGGAUACAACUGAUGAUGGAUGUGCACUCACGUGAUCAGGAGCCUGGAAUGCGGCUUUGCAGGUAUAGCGUGAAGUGGUAUAAUCCCCACUCUUGAAUAUCAGUGGUGAUGGUCUCUCUGAUGAUAUAGAUAAAACAUUUUUUUUUUUAUUGGACCUGUUUGCUGCUGGAUUCAGGAAUACCAUAUUUUUGGUGGGGACAAUACCACCUAUGCCUUUUGGACAGAGAAAAUGCUUAUUUGCUGUACUAAAUGUAAGUAGAUUUGAUCUAUUUCAUUUUAUCCUGCACUCCAUCACCAGCAACAUCCAAGAGUUGGGAUUAUAACACUUCAUCCUAUAACAGCAGAGCAGCAUUCCAGGCACUGGAAUAUGUGAGUGCACAUCCGUCAUCAGUUUUAUCCUUGUAUUAAAAUUGAAUAUACUGCACUAUAUAUUUUUUUAUCUCUAAUACAUAUCUGCAAGAGUCAUUACCACCAUAAGAACUGAAUACAGGAGUUUAUACUCCUCCAUAUACUCAGGUGGGGAUCAUUCCGGCCAGGCGCUCAAGUUAAAGCUACAUCUUGGCUCCCAAAAAGUGUGAGUGUAUUUGCUUCUACUUGUUAUUUAUUGGAAUUGUUACGUGCUUAACUACCAGCUCUCCAUUUCUCCCUUGGCUUUUUUAUAUAUAUACUCAGAGGACACGCACUACACCUCCCUCUGUGCAUUUAUCUUAUCAAAUUCAGCCUUUCUCACAUCUGUUUUUGCUGUUGAUCCAAAAGAAUGUGGAAAGGAAGUAGAGGACAUUGCAUGUGAAGGCUCAUUUUAUACGACGUCAGGACGCAAGGAUGCGUUUGUGAAAUACGACCUGAAGCCAGAAGCGGAAGGGGGAGGAGUCCGAUAUCGGCAAAGAAAGAGCUCGAAUAUCGGACAUAUUUAAAGGAUGAUAAGCCAUGAAUAGACAUACACUUUUAUGCCGAAAUGCAUCAGGGUAUCUGCGGUGUUGCAAGUUAUUUCACUGGGAUUUUAAUGCUGUACAUUCCUGUUUGCUAUGGGUGUCAGGAGUGAUCUGGGUUUCAGGAGUGAUCCUAAAUAGACACAGGAGAACAGUCCUAAAUGGGCUUAGAUAGCUAAAGGGGUGACAGAUAGUAAUACAGUAUACAAAUGUAUCUAAUACUCUUAACAUUUUUAUUAGAAAGUUACAAAUACAAUUAUUUUUAUAAUGCAAAUAUAUAUUUUAGAACACUUUGUAAUAGGUAAAUAAUAGGUAAAUAAGACAAACAAUUCUCAUAGAACAUGUUUGGCAUUUCGGAACAGUAGGUAAAGAGCAGGGGAGGGCUGGCAGCCUUAGGCCUGGGGGGCAAAUCCAGUCAAGUGGCCCAUCGGCUCACCAUCCAUGCCCACCUUUUCCUGGUUUUAUAACAGAUAUUUAUGUUAUGCUAAUCAGUAGCUCUUUGCCAUAUCCACUCCUUCGCGGCUCCAACUUUCAUUGUUGUCAGAGCGCAGGCUGAGAAUCUCUGAGCCUGUGCUCUGAUUCUCUAACUAAGUGCCGGAACCACGAGGGAGAGGAUAUGAUCUGACUGCACCUACUGCUGGUGCACACCAGUGGACCACCGGGGAAUCGCCACCGGACGCCUCUGUUGUCAUGGUGCCCUGUGUCAUGGCGCCCCAAAGACUGGCCCUGCUGACAGACACAGUAGCCCUCACUCUCAGUAACACACACACACAAACCCUGACAGACACACUCACUGACAGGCAGACACACACAUUCACUGACAGACAACCACUUACUUGACAGACACACUUGCUGAGACACACACAUGCACACACUGACAGACACACAAACGCUGACAGAUAUACUUAUUCACAGACACAUACACUUACAUACACACUUACUGACAGACAGACAUACACACUCACUGACAGACACACUCACUCACUCCCUGACAUACAUCCACACAGACUGACUGACAGACACACUUACUUUCAGACACACAGACUCCCACAGUCUAGCACACACACUCACAAAUUAAUUUUAUUGCUUGUUGCUCCUUCCUUUAGGAGUCCUCUGGGUCCUCGGGGUCCAGUGGCUUUCUUGAUCUUCCUGCUCCUUUCUGCUCCCUCACACUGUUUAGUGAGGCAGGCCAGAAUGAUGUCAUAUUCCGGCCCCUGGCAUCACCACAGAGGGCGCACAAGGGAGCAGGAAGAUCAUAAGCACAGUCAGCACUCCCUCGCCGCCUGCCUCCUUCUUCACCCGACUGGUAUAUUGCUGCAGAGUAGGCACCUGCCGUUUUGGGGGUCACUAGGUGGACAACUGGUGGGCUCCCUGUGACAGGACAUCGGCCUGUUCUGUGCGGCACCCUCCACCUCCUGGAGCCUGGGCGCGGUGCACCCUGUGCACCCACCGAGGAUCGGCAAAGCAGUGGCCAUGUUUAAAAUGAUUGAGAUCGGCCUGGGGGGCAAUUGUCUCCCUGUCCCACGUCCCAGCCUGGCCCUGGUAAAGAGGGAACUUGCAAAAUGAGCUUCCAAUGUAAAAGAAAAUGAAUUACAAUAAAUAAAUAUCAAAUGAGCAGAAAGUUUAAUAAGAUUCUUAAGUUUUGUAUUUAUAUGAACUUUCUUAUGUAUGUGACAUAAUGAGCAAUGCUAUCUGACAAUCUGGAAAUUCAUUUGACUCCUUUCUGUGUGACUAAAGGCCUAUAUUAUUUCUUUUUGUUUACAGAUUGUUCAAAGUACUAUUUUGUCACUGCAGCUGUGGUUGUUACAAUAUGGCUCAUUGUAGCACUGGCCCUGUACAUCUUAAGAAAAAAGAGAACAAAACGUAUGUUUCCACAUAUGGUGUCUGCCUGCAUGUACUUAGCUGAACUCUGCAUGGUUUAAAGUCCAAUUCAUCCUUUAUAUCCGGCUAGCACAUUUGCACUUCACUUUGUGCUUGACUUUUGUUUGUCACUUCCUACAACUUGAGCUAAUUGGUCCAGACUGCAUAAUUCAGUUAGGUUCUGCUGGGUGGGGAACAGGAAGGAACACACCAUAACAAAAGGGGAACACAGUGCACACCCCAACAUUAGGGAAGUCUACAUUGCAGAAGAAGUAGUGUGAUUUCAAGUGCUAUUCAACACACAUCCAAGAGGACUAAAGACAUUUUGGUUGAUUUAUCAGUGUUUGGAAAAAAUUGUGUUUUUUAAUAUACGAGUUAGACUUGGAUGUCAGUAAAAGAUCCACGAUAUCUACUAUGAUACUUAUUAUCAUGACUGGCGGCCUCUCAGUGUACCCCUAAGUGCAGACUUUGCAUUUUGCUCCCCCCCCCCCAAAAAAAACCCACUGAUAAAUAUUUUAAUACAAAAUCCUUAAUAGUUUGCAACUCUAAUGCAUUCUUCUUGUGGUGGUGAGAUGAAACUAAAACUUUAAAAUACUAGUUUUAACAUCAAUGGAUUAAUCCUUCCCCCAUCCAUAUUUUUUACUAAAAAAAAACAAAAAAAACAUCCUUCCUGUUCCAUAUGGACUUGCUUUUAUCAUUAUGUUAUUUUUAAUCUCUUGCCAACCUUGUAUUAGAUCACUAAACAACUGCACACAGUCAAAAAUGAAAUCCACAUUUGAAUUCAGAGACUGGCACUAGACCAGGGUUAUAGUGGACCAACCCCUCAUAGCAAUAUAAUACAAGUCUUAUAUUAAAAAAAAAAAUGAUGGGGGCAGAGCCAAGCUGCCAUGCUGAGAGGUCGCAUAUGAGACCAGCUCCAUGCAAAAACGCUCUUAAUCAGCCCAAAUUUGGGCAAAAACCCACCAAAUCGAUGAUUAGACGACCUAGAGAAGUGAGCACUUAAAUGCAGAGCCAAGCGUCAAUUAUCCCAAUUGAAAUCGGAGGCAUCUAACCUGGGAUAGAUCCGAGGCCUACUCAGACAAAGCGAUGGAGGCGCCUGAUAUCCACGCCGCCUGCAACCAUUCACUCUGAGGUCUCCCCGGUACACUUCCUCCCCCCCUGCUGGUGAGGGAUAUCCCGGUAUUUUAAGCUUGAGACACAGCAGCAAAACCAAAGCGGGAACUGUCCCACACGGCCGGCACAGCUCCAGCAACCACCAGGCCACUAGGACGCAGCUAAGAUGGCUGCCCAGGGAGGACCCCAAAAGCGGAGCACAUACGCCCAACCAUCCACGCACCCCCUGGGGGAAUUUGACCGGCUUUGCGAGAGCCUCUGGACUAUGCUGCGCGAACGCGGAAUGGCUUACCGCCGGGCAGCAAAACUAGUGGCUACAUGGAUUCGUCCAGUGACCCGCCGGCGCCAUUAUAGACACCCACCACAGGCAUCCGGGAAGGCCGCCAGGCUACGCAAACACUGCCGCUCUCAUGGGCAGGAAAUAACGCCAUAUUACAUGGGCGACCGCACCUACCCCCACAUUAAGGAGACCACUAAACCAGCCUUCCACGCCAGCUACUCACCUGACCCGAGAACCGGCGCUCGGCGGAGCUUGACCCCGUCCCUCCAAGCUACAACCGCAAACUGGGGAGCCGCACAGCUAAACACUCCACUGAAUGCUGCUGGAGCGGCGUCCCAGUCCAGGGGCGCCUUCGAGGAGUCAAACGUCGACGGCAAGAGACACGUCCAUGCAAUGGGCAUCGGCUAAAGGCCUACCUCUGUGCCCCUCAGGUGGACAUGCCUCACCUGCAUCUGGAGGACACGCUUACAGCCAUCGCUGUGCAGACUACCCGCAUCAAGUAACCACAAAAUUUUUCUUUAGUUGCUACCGUAGGGAUAGAACGUUACCAGUGACUCUUUACCUUAAUAGCUAAUGCCAGCUCGACUUCUAUUCACACAUAUAUUGCACCAAACAUAGUGAGCCAUGUAGAGAUGGCUCCAUACUUUCGAAACAUAAACAUGACAAGCAACAUUUUAUUAUCGUGUUUUACCCUUCAUGCCUAGCCAGCCUCUCUGAGUUACCAAAAUAGGUUCUAUAGCUUAGACAUGAGGAACUAGCCUUUAUUCCCUGGUUACCUAUUUGAAUGUUAUCAUAUUUUCACCCAGUGUAGCACAUUUAAAAUUACAUUUACAUAAUGACCCUGCAUAGGCAGACACCGUGAUAGAUGUGUUUAGCUCAAUCAUGUAAUUCCAUGUCCUAGCCUGUUUUCCUUUUAUUGUGACUACUGGGUGAUGCUUAUCUGUUAGCCAAGAAAAGUUACCUUUUGUUUUUAUGAAACCCAGAGGAAAAUCCUGUUUACUUAUCUGUUAAAAAAAAAAUGUGUGCAGUACCUCUCUAUUCCACAAGCCUGUUUAAAAAAUGUCACCCACUCUACUUGUUAUUGCUAUUGUGGCACAACAAGCGACUGUAUUAACUGAAUGCACCACAAAAAUAAAGAAUUAAAAAAAAAAAAAAAUGAUGACUCUACCCCUCCCACCCACUCCUAAAAUACAUCUACCAAGGCAUACUGAGUUAUUGAGACUUAAUCUAUCAUGCUGAUCCAAUCAUAACUGUAAAAAUACUUACCUGCUCUGUGCCAAGCAGCUACUCUCCCGCUGCAUAGCCUAACUGCUCCACGCAGCUGCACGGCUGGAAACCUGCGGAGCAUAAUAUAUUUACUUAUUCGGCACUGGCAAAUUGCUCCUAUGCAUUCAUCAGCGUCAAUCUGCUGCUCCUUACAUCCAUAAUCUCGAAUGCUGCCCCCUCCAAGCGUGCGUCUUUAAAUAGAUUUAAAAGUUAUGCCGUCACCUCUGCCCUCAUAUUGACGACUUCAUUUAGGCGACCCUAUGCACUUGUUAAUCUAUAUAAAAGCCUGUUUAGGCCCUUACACUUACUCGUGGUUUCUAUUUAGUUACACAUUAAGUGCUUCAAGCGACUCUCUUGUGAGUUCCCGUAAUUGACCUUGGUUUCGUUUUGACUUUGAGAACUUUUGUUAGCCAUUACCCGAACCCAACUUGUUUUUCAUGUUUCUGUAUUUCUUUAUUUCUGACCUCGGCUAUUCCUGACUUUGAUUCUUUUAAUACGUUAAAGGACCACUCUAGGCACCCAGACCACUUUAGCUUAAUGAAGUGGUCUGGGUGCCAGGUCCAGCUAGGGUUAACCCAUUCUUUUAUAAACAUAACAGUUUCAAUGACAGCCGCUAGAGGCGCUUGUGUGCUUUUCACUGUGAUUUUCACAGUGAGAGCACGCAAGCGUCCAUAGGAAAGCAUUGAUAAUGCUUUCCUAUGCGACCGGCUGAAUGCGCGCACAGCUCUUGCCGCGCGUGCGCAUUCAGCCGACGGGGAGGAGGAGGAUCGGAGGAGGAGAGCUCCCCGCCCAGCGCUGGAAAAAGGUAAGUUUUUACCCCUUUCCCCCUUCCAGAGAUGGGCAGGAAAGGGGUAGACUAGUAUACCACUAUUUGGACCCUCGUAUUCUGUUUCCUGUGAGUUAGGGUAACUAUAGGUUAUCUUUUUUUGUUUUAACCUUGGGGAUUAGAGUCAAUAUAUUUUGCAUAAAUUCAUCGGUAAGCAAAUGAACACCUUGUAAGUAUUUGCACUCUAAAAAGUAAUGAGGUAAGAAAUGACAUCUAGUUUGUAAAGAUUGUAAUUGCAGAACAUUUUGCUUAGAUACCAACUGUCUUGUUUUUUCCCUGACAAUGACACUUCUUGGACUCCUCUCCCUGCAAACACAGCUACUGGGAUCUGUCCCAGUUCCUGAAAAUCUGCCCAAAAGUUAUCGUUUUUGGUCACAUAUUUAAAAAUACUGAUCACAAACUGAAACUGCAUUGUUGAUUUCAGCAACAUAUACUAACCUGUAUUGGAUAGCCAUAGCAGGAACACAAGGGGCCAAGGUCCUGUGGGAGCAUAUCCAUGAUUCACAUAGUAUCACUGAUAGAGUCCACUGGUUUCAGAUUUAAACAAGACAAAGUGGGCAAACAUCAUACUGUUUUUUUUAAAUGUUAUAAAAAUAUUCUUGUGCAAUUAAAAUGUUUCUUUCCUCUGAUUACAGAAAAAAUGAGUGGUGACAUCUGUGAAAUGGAGAAAAUUGUAUGUAGUUAUGUAUAUACACGCUACACAUACAUAUGUAUUUACAUACAAUCAUAAAUUAAUGCAAAUUACAUACAUGAAUAGGCAUUUAAACACAAUCCACACAAACAUGCAUAUAAUCUCUAAUAUAAACAGGCAUAUGCAUCCACACACAUACGUAGACGUGAACAAAAAACAUUACACGUUCAUAUACACAUGUUCUGUUACAUGACAUAAAUAAUUGUAAGUGGUAUGUUUAACCAGUAGCAUAAAUAAAUGUAUAUAGAGAGUAGAUGCUUUAAACCUGGCCAAUCCUAGUAUAGGCUAUCACCAUCAUUUUGUUUAAAAAGUGGAAGACUCCAGUGGCGACUGGUGAAGUUUAAAGAUGGUGGGGAGCUAGACUCUGCUUUCUGACUUGUGUUCAGCCAACUUAACUCCAUGUAUUACGCGUGACCAAAUGAGAUGUCAUGUCCUGUACAACACCCUAAGUCCAUGCAUGUUUUUCUAAAACAGCCAUCACUGUAAAGAUGGCUAACUACACGUUUACACAAUGACAACCCUAGAAGACAGGACAGGUGUUUUAGUGAAUUCAGCAUAUAAAGCCAUUGCAUGAUAUCAGUUAUCCUGUUAGGACAAACUAAGCAUGUCUGUGAGGUUUCUACAAAUUAAAAAAAAAUGGCAAAAUCAUGCCAUUAGUUGGACAUCCCCAAAUCAUCAAUGAUGGGGGAGGUGCCUGCACAUUCAUCAGGAGCACUAUUGCUUUCCCAAACAAAAAAAACUGUGCUCCUGGAGUAACACUAGAAAAUCAGUCAUUGGCUGAAUGCAUCAACUGAUGUACUCUAGAUAGGUGAACCUGCAGAGUGUUUUUUUUAAAACCUUUCCAUCCAGGGGGGGUGGGAGGGAAAUGCCAAUGAAAUAGUAGAGUCGAUUCACUCCUCCCCAUCCGAGACUGUAGGAAUGAUAUGACCCAUUGAAACUUCCUAUUUGAAAGCAGGGGGUGAGCUUAUAUUUUGAGCAAAUUUAAAGACAUUAUUUCAGUGACUAGUUGCUUCUGGCAGAGAAAUAGGUCCAUCUACUGACUGUUAAUCAUAACCAUAAUUUCAAUGGAGGUGAGUGAGGCUUUAUGGACUAGAUUUCAUGCUACAAAAUAACUGAAAAUAAAAAUAUUUAUACAUGAUCUGGUUAUUGAAUGGUUCAAAAAUUACCUAAACUGUGAUAGAUUAUAAAUGUUUUUUGUUUUUAUUAGAAUCAGUUGUAUUCUAUUAGUAAUACAUAUUUUUCUAUAUAUCUGCACAGAGUGAGGUUACCGAAAACAUUAUCUACACUACGGCGGUGUUUGUAAACAGUGAAAAUCCUAAGGUAACAAUCACACCAUUUCUUAAAAGGAAAUAGAUAUUGCUUCUGCGGUCUGAUGACAACCAAUUCUGUUUGUAGUGGUGUGCUCAUGAAAUGUAAAAAAAUGUUUUAUCUUAUAGAAAAAUCUUUACUUGGAAACCCAUUAUCACUAGGUAAAAAAGACAGAGGACCUUCAAUUAAUAUUAUUUCCAUUGUAUUAAAAUGUGCCAUUUACCCCAUGCCUUUAUAGACCAACACACAAUUCCCUGCUCCCAACAACACAUGUGGGACAAUUAUCAUCACAAAAUGGGUUGGAAAGGCAAAAUCUCACCCGCCACCCCCAUAAAAGCACUUCACUAUAUAAUCCCCAAUUUCAAUUACACCAUAUGGCACCGCCAUGGCAUAACACACCUCCACCAACUGCUCCAGGAUCGGGAGCUUAGAAAAUUUGACUAAUUACAAACACUCUAUCACCUCAACUCAACAGCUCUCUUCUCCUACUGCCAGGUUCAAUCAUGGCUCACAAAACAAACAAUGACUACCAUAGGUAAUGUACAGGGACAACAGCUAACAGUGGUAGAAAAAAAAUCUGUGCCCGACUCGCACCCCCCAAAAAUCUACUUUCCGCUAUCUAUCAAACGUUACACACCAAGGACGACCAUAUAUCAUUCCCAUUCACUGCCGCCUGGGAGAAAGAGUUUGCAUACACCCUAAGUCUGCAAUAAUGGAAAGACAUAAUGCUAGCUCAUGGCCCGCUCUCAAAAUGUGUGUCCCAUAUGGAGCUCUCCCCUGCAAAAUCCUAUAUAGGUGGUACCUAGUUCCCACCCGCAUUAAGGCAGUGCACCCACAGGCCUCGGACGUCUGCUGGAGAUGCCAGCAACACAAGGACACAAUGCACCACAUUUGGUGGGCAUGCCUCUCUCUUACCACUUUCUGGGACAAGGUAGCAAAUACCAUAGAUCUAAUCACACAAAUAUGCUUGCCACGCAAACCAGAAAUAUUCCUUCUACAACUAUUCCCCACAAAUCUAAAAAAAAAAAAAGCAGAAAUAUCUGAUUUAUCACAUAAUCACAGCUGCACUAACUGUAAUAAGCAGACAUUGGCGAUCAGCCACUCCACCCCUGAUUGCGCAGUGCAUACAAACAAUCAAAACCACCAAAAAAUAUGAGCUGGCAGCCAGGCGCACCUCCCUGCAAAAACCAAACUAGACAGAGGUCUGGGAGGGCUGGAGCAGCUAUCUGAAGCACUCCAAAGCACCUACCUAAUAAGCCUCCAUCAGCAGAUACCUACAAACUGACACCUGUGUCCCUCCAUAAAUGGGAAAUGGUACUGAAAAUGUCACAUUGGUUGAAACACCAGAGGCGCUACAAUGCCGGAAUUAAAACCAUGUGACCAGCCCGACCACCGCACUGGGUAUAACAGGAGACAGGUGGCAGACAGAACGGAAUAGCGCAGUGCACCCCCCCUGCAUUCCCCCCUCUCUCUCUUCAUCCCCCCACCCUUGAGUCACCCUACUCCCCUACCCCUCAAAGCACCACACAAACCCGACUGUUAAAUAUGGGACACUGUCCCGCACAGUCCACCCAGAUACACAAUAAAUAUGGUAACUGUGAACAAGAAUGAAAAUGUAUACAAAUGUGAAAAUGAACACACUGUGCUGCCAUAAGUUAUUACUCUAUGUUUGCAAGAAAUUGUUAAAGCUGCCGGUUGCGGAAUAUCUAGCUGAAAUGGUGUCUUGAAAUGUCAAUAUGUCCCCCCCCCCUACCUUCUGUACCCCACCUGAAAAACCUAAUAAGAAAAAUUGAAGUAAAAAAAAAAAAAGUGCCAUUUAGCAGCAUUAAAGAUAAUCACUUUUUUUUACUUCUGCCCUGGAAUAUCUUGUCCAUGAUCAGCUUUGUCUUCUCAUAUCUGCAUAAGUGUUGCUAGAGGAAGUUUGAGGGCUGAAGCCCCAGAUACUUGGCUCUUUACCUUCAGACCUCUUCAGUUGGUGAAGGGGACAGUAGGAUAUUAUUGUUAUUUUAUUUUUAAUUUUACUUCAGAUAGCAGCUUCUCAAAGCAGCCACUUAUUCUAAAAAUAAAUAUCAGUAGUAUACUGCUCCACCAGGCUACUUAGCAAACUGGUGUGGUGCCCCCUGGUCACUUGUGGUAGAUUGCGUUGCACAACCCACUAUGAGAUGGGUAGCACGGUAGAAUCACAUUGAACUCCAUGUCUGUAGAGCAUAUGCUUUCAUUAACAUUACGAUAUUUAUGGGUACAGAGGAAGGGACUUAACAUAAAAAGAUAUAACCACAUCUCUCUGUUAGUGUAGUGGUCAUCAAGGUGUCAGAGUUGGGGAUUUCCUUCGCGCUCAAUUUCCAGGUGUUUCUGGAACCUAGAAAUGCCUCUGGCUGAUUGUACAUCCAGCUCAUCUCAAAACUUCAAAGACAAAAUAUGGAAUCAUGUUUCAGUUGUGCAAAGCCCUACAAUUGCUAUAAGGCGCUAUUCUGAAACUACCCUACAUAUGGUUCUUAUGAUAUUUAGACCACAUAUGCUACAGAAGAAGACAUAUAUAUAACAAUGUCAUGCCCAAGUACAGAACGGUGAAUAUGAGAGCCUUCAAUUUUAAUUAAAGAAUCCUGAAGAAGAAAAGAAAGAAGACAGCAACGUAUUAGCGUCUGCACUACCUUAAUGUAGUAUUUACAUGUCUGAUUAAUAUUAUCUAAGUACACACUCAAGUGUUUAGAUUUGUGUUUCUAACAUUCUCUUUAUUUAUUCACAGAGAAGAGAACCUGAAGAAGCAACAGUCUACUCUGUAGUGGCACAUAGAAAUAACGGAGUAAGCAGUGAGAGUCCGCCAAGCAAUGUUGAUAAUGAAAGCAGCUAUGGCAAUAUAAUAUCAAAUCCACAAACAACAACUGAUACCACAGACGUGUAUGCAGUCAUAAGGAAAAAUAAUUAAAUAUUCAAGGACAGUAUUGAACCUAAAUAUCAUCAAUAUCUACUACCCAAUAUGGACAAUAUGCAGGCAUUUAAUCCACCUGUUGUCGUUACCAACGUUAAAAAACAAUGCAGUAUUGUAUCCAAAAGAUACAUUUCUUGAGUAGUACUUUCACUUUGUAUACAUAUAGAUAUAUUUAAUAUUUGCAUCUGCGAAUGAAUUAAGUGAUUAACCUACUGGCCAUCAGCUUAUAGGUUGUUGCAAAGUGGGCCAAUGAAAGGGUUAAAGAAACACUCAACGUAUCAUGUUUGACAACUUACCUGAUGCCUGUUAGGCACUGGUUACCACAUCCUCUGAAGGGCAGAAGCUCCUUCAAUGAGCCUCCAUUAGCUUUUCUAAUGGAAACAUUGGAUUCACACGUGGUGCUCACCGUGCAUGCACACCAGGUCUCAAAUACUCCUGUAUGAGAAGCAUUGGAUUGGACCAUUGCCAGCAGAGGCCAUGCCUCCUCGAUGAUGUUGUGGGAGGCAGAGAGGUGAGCAGCACCGAGACUCCAAAUGAGUCUCGGUGCUAGUUGUAAUAAUUUUACUGAAAAAGUGGUGCAGACCUGAAAAUAACUAUGGACAGAGACGUUAUAACAUCAGGAAUACAGGUUUAUAUUCCUAACGCUACAGUGCUCCUUUAACCAUAACAAACAAGACAUGCAUGUCUCCAGUAUCUUCUAAGUUUGUAAGUGAUUUAUGGAUUCAUAUAGAUCCACCUGUGCUAGUGUGCUAAGAUAUGGAGCAUCUAUUAAAAAUAAAUCAAUUUCCAAAUGUGAUUAAGGAGCGAGGUUAAGGACCACUACUGUGUAUAGUGAUGAAAUAAUGCCAGAUAUCUUCAAAUUACCCUUUCAUUAACAGUGCACUUAUAUGGAGAAAAAUAAAUGUGUAAGGGAUAUUUUAACAUGUAUAAUUUGCAGGUCAUUUUUCAGUUAGUUAUUUUUUAUUGUUUUAUUUUUUUUUAAAUUCUAUUUAUGUAUUCUUAAAAAACUUAAUAAAUUAAGAUCAACGAUUAUCA